AGCCUUUAUUAUUUAAAACAGCCAAAUCUCCCUCCCCUUCUGAUCCGAGCAGCGUUGCACAGUUCGGUGGUGGUGCGGUGGGGGGGGGGGGGAGAGGAAGACGAGAUGGGUGGCGGUGGAAAAGCGGCGGGUGCCGACGUCAUCGCCACCGACGUCACCUUUCCCCGAGCCCACGCAAUCGCUGACGCCACACCUCCCCCUCCCUCCCCAACUCUACCUUCUCACCCCCUCCCACCACCCUACGCGUGAUGCUCGCAACUCCCCCCUCCCGCAGGGGGAAUUCUCCUCUACCCGGGCCUGACAUCACUCCUCCCAACAGCCCACCAAAGCAGAGACGCCGGUUUAGCGACGGCCUUCUCCUCCCGCCAUGUUAGGAGGAGGGGAGGUCGGCGUAACACGGAGCCGCCCCCGCCUGCCCGGGUAGCAGCAGCAGCUCCUCCUCCUCCUCGGCGGGCCACUGCAUGGAAAGGCUGGGAGCGAUGAGCGAAACCGCAGCAGCCUUGAAGGCUUCGGCUGACUAGGGGAAAGGCGAGCGAGCGAGCGAGGGAGGGCGAAGCUCCCUCCUUUCUCCCUCCCUCCCUCUCCUCCUCCUUCCCGUCCCCUCAGCACGAGGGGAGGGGAAGAGCAUGAACGGCUGCCCCGUCCCUGCCCGCCGCGGCGCCGCUUGGGCGAGAACGAGGAGGAGAGGCGGAGGAGGCGGAGGUGGAGGAGGAGCGCAGCGGCCGCCACCAGGACGACGACGACGACAGCCGCCGCCGCCGCCGCCGCCACACAGUCAUGGUGCCCUUCGCGCCGCCGGAGGGCGCGGAGGAGCCUCAGCCUGAGCCCGAAGCGGAGCCCUCCUCCUGCCCUCCUCCGCCCCCGCCUCCUGCCGCCGCCGCCGCCGGCCUCAUGGAGAUCUCCGGCGGAGGAGGAGGAGGCGGCGGCGGCAGCGGCAGCAGCAGCAGCCCAGGCGGAGAGGUGAGGGAGUCCCGGGCUGGGUUUUCUGAGGGAACUUGAGGUAAAAGGUUCUGAGGGGGGAUCGGGCGGGCGGCAGGCAGAGGCAGCGCCGGCUUAAGAGGAGGGGGCGUGCGUGGCGCUGCCGGUGGUGGGCAGUGAGGGAGGCGGAGGGGAAAGUACCGGCUUGCCGCUGUUCUCGCAUCCCUCGGUGCUUCGUCUCCUCCUCUCCCCGCAGGGAUGCGGGAUGCGGGAACCGGUUCCGGAGGGGUCUGAGGGAUUAGGGGCCGGCGGGGGGCGGCCGGGUCGUGAGAGGAGUUUCGUGACACCGACUCGACACCCCCACCCCGUUUUCAUGCGUUCCCUACGGUAUCUUUCAUGCCACCCCCCCCCCAUCUUCCUUGACUCCACCUGGUCCUUCAACUUGCCUUUUGCUUGCUUACCUGCCGCCUCCUUAUUUAUUUAUUUUCAAUACCCUCGUUAUUCUGACCUGUCCCUCUCCAUCAUGCCUCCCUGUCAAUCCUCUAUAGAUUCCUCCAUCCAUCAAUAGCUGAACUUGCGCUGUCAUUCUCUUAUCUCUUCUUUGCGCGCAUCCUCCGCUCGCCCGUUUUCCUGCCGUCUUGGCUGGUACCUUCUCUUUCCCUUUCACUAACUCCGGCCUUGCUAAUUGCCCUUGCCCCCCUGAGAGGACUGAGAACCUCGACUUAUUCAAAAGUCGAUUUAGCAGCCCUAUCAGAGAAGGGGAAUUUUAGAGCUAACUCACUUUUUGCAGUGGAAUACAAGGGAAUCCUGAAACAGAAAGCUGUUCCCUUUUGUUUCGCUUUUCGAUCUUCUCUAGCUCCGAAUUCCAGGUCUCUGUUCUUUUACUGCACAGGAUCCAGUGACACCCAAAAGUCUCUGAAAACUGUCCCCCCCCCUUUCUACAACCACUUGGUUUUCAAAAAAGUAUUGCCUUAUCAUUUUCUUCUUGUCCAUCUACCUAUUGCUGCCUCAGGUUUCACUUUUUUUUUACUGAAGUACUUUUACCAGAUAGAUUCCUCUCCAAGGCAGAUCCUGUCCACAUCUGUUUGUCUUUCAUCCUUACCUUGACAAAUUAACCUCUGCGUCCUAAAGAUGCUCGGUUCUAAACAGUUGCCAGAUGCCUCCAUUCUACACUUCUAUAUCCAUCUCCAUCUAUUUUUAUUAACAACCACUUCCUACUUUGUUCACCCUAGUUCUCCUGGUAGUUAAUCCCAGACAUCAAGGUCUGAUGCAUCCUUCCUCUACCCUGCUAGCUGUCUCCCCUUCACAACAAGGGAAUGACUCUUGAGUUCGUUCUUACUUAACUAAUACUUUACUCUCACAAAAAUUACCUCUUUUACUUCAGCAUUAAAACAUAUUUGGCACCAUGGUGCAGUAGUGAGUUACUCCUCUUUGCUUCAGUGUUUAUUGACUUAAGAAGAUGAACUAUUUCGAAUUUGUUGCUUAAAUAUCUUGCUAUGGUUUGCAUCUAAUAGCCUAAUUCUGAAAGGCUCCAAACUGUCCUUUCCAUUCCACAAAUUUUGUUUGAACUUCUCAAAAGAGCCUGCUGCUCUUUGCCCUUGAGGUGUCUCCUCUAAGUAGCCCUAAUGACCUAUAGAUUCCUGCCAUAUUUCCUGUAUCAGUCCUACCGGAGUGAUGCUAACAUUCCAUUUUAAAAACAAGAGGUGUGGUGACAUCUGUCAACUACAUAAAUUGGGAACAGACAUAAGGAAUGUUCUGCAAAACUUAGCAAUAAAAAUAAGGAAUUACUAAUGACCCUUUCUGGAUGCAUCUGCUUUGGAAGAUGUCGUGCUGUUUUUGGCUUAGCUGAUUUUGCUUUACUACUUUCAAGCACCUCAAAUAAAAUUCACUAUAUUUAUUACUGUGUUAAUAGAGCUCUGGGGGUCCCAGAUGGCCUCGCAAUGAGGCAGUGCAUUAGACUUAGACCUGCAUAGCUUCAGCAAGGGUGCUGCAUCAUGUGUUCUUAACCAUAGUCUUGACCCCCCACCCCAAGCUUCACUCAAAACAAGCCCCCAGUCCUUAAACAUCUCUUUAAUGUCCCAUCUUUCAGCUUCUUCUUUAUCCUUAUAAACCACCUGCACUUUGAGCCUUAUUUGUCCUUAGAGGAUCUAAGAACCUAUGUAGUAACUGUUUCUAAGCCAAGGAGAAGCUGGCAAACCUUUUACUCUCUCAAGGGCUCAUUUAUUAUGGAAAACAGCUUGUACAGUGGUACCUCGGGUUACAGACGCUUCAGGUUAUAGAAGCUUCAGGUUACAGACUCCGCUAACCCAGAAAUAGUACCUUGGGUUAAGAUCUUUGCUUCAGGAUGAGAACAGAAAUUGCGGUGCGGUGGCAGUGGGAGGCCCCAUUAGCUAAAGUGCUUCAGGUUAAGAACAGUUUCAGGUUAAGAACGGACCUCCAGAGCAAAUUAAGUUCUUAACCCGUGGUACCACUGUACAAGGUUAGAGCCUUCAAAGUAUUGUUCAGAUGAAUAAAAUCUUCUCUGUAAAGUGGUAUGCCCAACUUCUAUAUCGUAUACUACCACUGCCAGGAUGUUAUCAAAUACCGUUUGAUGUCAGGAUCUUUUACAUUCCACCAGUUGUAACAGAUUUUGUCAGAAUGGCUUUUGUUUGGCUUUCAGUGGCUUAAUUUUAGCAGUCUGACUGACUUUUCCCUUUGUCCCAGGCACCAUCAGAAGUGUCAUUAAACAAACAUUCUAGAUGCAUUAAAAUUGAUAGUUUCAACAAUGUCGGAACACUUUUUUGAAAAAAAAGAUACUCGGCAGUUUCAUGGUAAAAAAAUAAACAGCAACUUUUGGAAUCUCCUUAGUCCUAAUGUAGCUAUUGCUGGAAAUUGAGUGCAUAGUGUGUUAAAAAAACUCACAUUGUGCAAGUAAUAAUAUUCUAGUACAGAGUACCAUUGAAUAUAGAAACUUUGUGCUAGAUCCCAUGUUCCUGAGAUUGACAGAAGAGAGUUGAAUAUAUGUGUUUGUAAGGGGGGGUAUUGUUGGGGGGGUUAUUGUUUUGUUUUUGUUUUAACUAUUUAUUUUGUUUUUUUAUCCUGUAUUUUUAUCUUGUGAACAGCCCUGAGAUCGGAUGCAGAGCAAUAUAUAAAUUUAAUAAAUAAAAAAUAGGCCUUAAAUGCAAAUUUAUAUGCUAUGUUAAUUAACAUUCUUAUCUAAAUACUGUUUCAAAAACUGGUCGGACUAGUCUCUGGUUGUUCUUCAAGUGUUUUUAUUGGUCUACUUCUAUUAGAAGAACUCAUUCAUUGCUCAAGAUGGUAUUUUUUUUAUGUUGUAAAUGUAUGAGACUAUAAAUUGAAAGUUUAUUACUCUGUGAGGUAGGAAGUUUUAAAUAACACCAGAUUCUAUACAUGGAAGUAAGUCAUACAGAUUAUGGGGCUGAACUCUAGAGUAAGUGUGCAUAGGAUUGAAAUCAGUGGGAUUUAAGCAGCAUGACUGUGCAGGAUUGUAUCCUUAGUGUUUUAUACCUUCGCUGUUUAUGUGUCCAUAGUGCUGUUCCUGAGCACUGAAUUACUGUGCAAUUCUCUAUUAUAGCAGUAUACACUUUGAAAUAUUUUUGUGAUUGAAUCCUUAAUCAUGGUCUGUAAAAAAAAGGUAAAGAUCAAGGACCCCAGGAUGGUCAAGUCCAGCCAAAGGCAACUAUGGGGUUGUGGCACUCAUCUCACUUUUUAGGCCGAGGGAGCCGGCAUUUGUCCACAGACAGCUUUCCGAGUCAUGUGGCCAGCAUAACUAAACCGCUUCUCGCACAACAGGACACCAUGACGAGUGCCAGAGCAUGCGGAAACACCAUUUAUCUUCCAGCCUCAGCGAUACCUAUUUAUCUGCUUGCACUGGUUGUGCUUUCGAACUGCUAGUUUAGCAGAAGCUAGGACAAAGCAACAGGAGAUCACCCCAUCAUGCGGAUUCAAACCACCAACCUUCUGAUCAGCAAGCCCAAGAGGCUCAGUGCAUUAGAUCACAGCACCACCCACUCCCCUCAUGCUGUAUGUGCCCUAGUAAUUUAGGAAAAUACUAUAAUAAAAUUCAUUUUGAGUAUCUAAAUAAAAACAAGAUUGGUGUUUAUACUCAAAAUUGUUAAAAUACAACAUAGCAGCAUUUGUUUAAAAACAACAACUUUAGCCUUCUUUUAAAGAACCUGGGUGCAAAGUAGCAUAUUGUUAGGUGCCAGUGUGGUGUAGUGGUUAAGAGCAGUAGACUUGUAAUCUGGUGAACCGGGUUUGCAUCCCCGCUCCUCCACAUGCAGCUGCUGGGUGACGUUGGGCUAGUCACACUUCUCUGAAGUCUCUCAGCCUCACUCACCUCGCAGAGUGUUUGUUGUGGGGGUGGAAGGGAAAGAAGAUUGUUAGCCGCUUUGAGACUUUUUAGGGUAGUGAUGAAGUGGGAUAUCAAAUCCAAACUCCUCUUCAUCUAAAGUAACUCAUUAAGUUACUUAUUUGAACAAAAAACUAAUAUGCAUGUCACACCUCCGGUAGUCAUUACUGUCUUCUAACACUGCAAUCCUAUGCAUAUGUGGAAGUAAACUCCACUGAACUUUGUCAGGUGUAGGGCCAAAUUACACAUUACACUAAGGUGCAAAGGAUCCAGUUGCCAAGCAGGGCUGUUUGCCAGUCCCACUGCUUCUAAGCAGUGGCAACAACGCCUAGAAGCAAAAGCAUGAAACUUCUGUGGGCAAGUGUUGUGCCCUUCUAGCUCUUGCUCCCUCCCCCCCAUAUUUUUUUCUGGUACACUAUGAUCUACUCUGAAAGCUGAAACAGUGGGGGUAUAGCUGAUGACAAAACUUUGCAGUGGGAAAAGCAGGUUAAGCUUGCCUCUAUCCUAAGCAUGUCUUAAAUACUGUGUUUUACUGGUGAAAUCUGUCUUUGGAAAACCAUGGUUUUAAUUUACAGUGGUACCUCGGUUUAAGAACAGUCCGAUUUAAGAAUGAUUCAGUUUACAAACUCCGCAAAACCAGAAAUAGUGUCCCAUUUUGAGAACUUUACCUCGGGCUAAGAACGGAAUCCGAACAGUGGAAGGGUACAGGCAGCAGGAGGCCUCAUUAGGGAAAGUGUGCCUUAGUUUAAGAAUGGUUUCGGUUUAAGAACGGACUUCCGGAAUGGAUCAAGUUUGUAAGCCAAGGUACCACUGUAUUCCCCUACCCAGAAAUCUAGUAGAAUGUUCAUGCAUAAACAGGUGCUGUUUCCGCAGUACCUUCUGUUCCCCCCCACUCCAACUUCACUACCCUGUUUACUAUUUGAAAGGUACCAACUGGUACCUGCUAGAAGAUCGCUUAUAAUGGAUCAUUUUUCAGUGAAGUACUAGGAGUAUGGGGCUACUACUAUGUACAAGUCUGGGAGUUUUAGAUUAAAUACUAAAAAAUACUUGUCAAAAUUCCACAAAUUGUUAGUUGCUUUAAAAUCAAGGAUUUAAAUGUAAAUCAAAUUAAUCUUAUGGAUCUUUAGCUAUUGUCGUACAGGUUCUGCAUACUAUCAAAACAACCAGAAAUGUUUUCAGUGUCCAUUCUCAGAUGUUAUCACACAAGUAAUGGAGUUUUGCAGGUAGCAUCACUGUAGAUAGUUAUGGUAUAUUUGUAAACUUGGUACACAUGCAACAUUUUCAGUGUCCAUUCUCAGACAUCACUGUUGGACAAUUAAUGGAGCUUUACAAGUAGUUGCACAUUUGGUAUGUGGGUGCUGUUACAGGAACUGCUCCUCCUGUAAUAUUCUGGAGGUGUAUGUGUGUAGGGAGGGGUUAGACAGGAUUAUGCAUUUAAAAUGUAAAAUUGAUGUGUGUGUGCAUGAGAGAGAGGGAGCACUUUUUGGUUUAGUUUGGUUUAGUAGAUUAUUAAGGCAAAACUUAAAAUUUCAGUUUCUUUUAUUUUAUUCUUUCUAAAAAUUAGAAUUGUACGUGGGAAAUGCAUUCUUCACUCUUUGAAGUUUAUGAGGAAGUCAAAUGCCAGAUUAACAUUGUAGCCUGAAAUGAAAUUAUUCAACCAUAACAAAAAGGAUGUUUACUUAGGACAAUGCUGUUGGAUUUGGAGACAGCAAAUAUUGUCAUGAAUAUGAAUUGAACCUUGCAUUUUCUGUUGCUUUGCCAGCUCAAUGCCUCUUUUGUGUGUGUUCUUAUUGUUGAAUUGGUGAGAAAGAAGAGUGCUUCUUUGGAUUACCAACUUUGUCCCUAUAUUCAUUAUGUGAUAGAAACAAAUUCUUCUAGUAGCCUUUUUACAAUGGUCUUUGCUUAGAUUACGGUAAUUUUAUGAAACUGUUCUCAUUUAUCUUGGUUCACAGUUCACCAAAACAGAACACAGUUAUGGUGAACAUCCCUGGCAAAGUUGUACUUUCCAAAGAGUACUCUGUGUGUGCAAGAGAACUUUUGGGAAUUUAUAUCUCUUACAAUCAUAGGUAGUGUCAAAUGGUGUCAAAUGUCUAAUAGUAAUAACUCUAUAUUUGGAAAUUUACUUAGGUGCUGUAAUUUUAGAGUUCAUUUGCCCUCUUUUGAAAUUAAGGGCUGAAUUAAAAAUAAGGGCUGAAUUAAAGAAUUCUGGAUAAAUGAAGAAAUAUUUUUAAAGGGAAAUAAAUCUUUUUUCAUAUUUAUUUAUCUUCUGCUUUUAAACAGUGACAGUAAGGACACUGGUAAGGUACUGUGCAUCUUUUACACUUCUAUUAUGGUUAUAGGCUGAUGUCUCACAUGCGCAUGAACAUUUACUUGAUAGCUCAAGAUGAGGACUUGCAGCUGAAUGUGUGAAAUAAAUCCACUGAAAAGCAUAGUGUUUAAAGGGAUUUGAAAGGUGGUAUUUGAUCUUUGAAACCUAUCAUUUCACGAUUCAGCCUUCUAUAUAUCUUAUUUACUAGAUUUGUAAUUUGUUAUUUACAGAUGGUUUUCCAAAAUAUUACGACAUUUAUAUUUACAAUAAGUUCCAGAGGAAGAAGGGGGAAAAGGGCAGCCACUUCUUCUAUUUGCCAACUUUUAAAUUCAUUAAAUGCUGAAAAAAUUAAUUUGACUAAAGUUAGACUAGAUUGGGAAAAAGUUGCUGCAGCAUCAUAGGUGAAUAUUAGAGCAAGCAUUAGUUGCCCCUAUACAAGCAGCAAGAGGCAAACUACCUCACUUAUUCUCUCUGGCUGGGAGCCACAGUGCUAUCCCAGGUAUUGGUCAAUUAAAGCCAGGGGAUGCACCUUUGAAAGCCUCAAUGAUCCAACCAGGGAAGGGGUAUAAUACUUGCAUUACUUAUUCUCUUCUUCCCCUGGUCCAAAAUAUUGGUGGACAAUUUUUGGUGGUUAUGCUUUGCCCCUUCCAAUAAAAUUCUAGAGUGGUGGGAAUUUUGUGGAGCUAGAUUAAAAAGUGCAACAACCAUAGUUUUCUAAAGCUUUUGAAGAAAGGUUUUCUCAAGUUUUUGAAAAAAAAACUUUGAUGAAGCCAUAGUGACACUCAAGCUCACAAUGAAGUCCAUGUGUUAUACCUAUUUUCAGGCAGUGUAGUUCUGAGUUUUGGGUCUUGUCUAAAUCUUACCUGUUGUUACUUACCCCAUUGAUUCCCAGUUUGUUUUAGCAACAACACAAUCCUGUCCAGUGCAGGAUUUGUAAAAGAAAGUAUACAGAGUGUCAGCAGGCAUAUAGAUAUAGGUCAUCCUGUUGACAUUGUGUACCUAGAACAGGUGUGGGAAAACUUAGUUGCUGAACUACAGCUCCCAUCAUCCUAGUCCAUUGACCAGGCUUGCUGGGGCUGUUGGGAGUUGUAGUUCAGCAACAUCUGGAGGGUCAAAGGUUCUCCAUACCUCACUUAAACUUUUAAAAAUCUAUUAUCUUCUUCAAUGGGGUUGUUCUAUGAUGGAUCACAACCCCUUCAAAACAUCUGUGCUGUUGACUCUCAAACCUUGAGAUUGUUGAAAUAUAUACUUUAAAAAAAAUAAUCAAUUUGAGUCGUGCAGCACAAAUUGGGUCAUUUUUUUUAAACAAUGUGGAGUAAAGUUUUUUCAGGGGCCCUUCUGAGAUUAGGGGCCCUGAAGCUUAAGCUUCAUUAGUUUCAUAGUACGUCCCCGUCCCCCCCGUAUAGGAUAUGUAUUUUAGAGGCCUAGAAGUGAGGGAGUACCCCCAGACUGCACCUGCUCCACCAGAGGGAGUUGAACCAAUUCAGUACAGGCAACUGACUAUUUCUCAGAUCGAGAAGCCACUCACCAUGCCUCCAUCUUUCCAGAAUUCAAACUCAGUUUAUGGACCCACAUAUGGGGAGGGGGGAUGUUCAAUUAAUGUUGCAGAAGUAUCUCUUCCAUAUUAGUAUUAGUUUUCACUAGCCCCUUGUUUGUCUCUGCAUUGAAAAACAAUUGCCCUAACUUUUCAGUUUGCUGGAAAUGUGUCUUUUUGAGAAGGAGGCAGGCAUACAUUGGGGAACUAAUGUAUCAAUGGAUUUAGGGUUUCAAAACUAGAAAUGAUUUUUUGUUGUGCCAGAAGAAAUUUAAUGUAUAUAAAAUAGAUUAUUUUAAACAUAUUUAGUAAGAAUAUAAGCUGAUACUACUUACAGGGUAGAUCUGCAUCUGCAGAAAGGUAUUUUAUUUUAGGUGAAUGCUUAAUUGCUUUAUGUGUGAACGUAAACACAAGAGGCUUUUGAGACUUGCUGUUUUACUGAUAGCAAGCAUUUAAUUUGUUCUUUGCGGUGAUUGAAUGGUGUUUUGAAAAUUAAGCUUUUGUUGAAAAUAAUAAUCAAAUAGUGGACUUGGUUUACAUGAUAACUUUGUUAUGUCUGUGUUGAUAAUGAAGUUAGUUGUUUGAGAUUGAAAAGUCAUAUUCGAGCAACCAAAUCCAGAUAUUAGAAUGCAGUGAAUGUAUUUAACUUCUUUCAGUAGAAAUUAACUGCUGAUGCUUUUGAAGCCAUUCAGAUCAGUUGGUGGUGGUGGCAAGACAAAGCACACUUGCUGGGCAGACCUCCUGAAACCUCUGGUCUGUGAACCAAUCUUGACCUGAAAGACCAUUUCCCUUAACCAUGCCCAUCCACUGAUGUGACUGAUGAUGUUAGCUGAUGGGUGGGAGGUCAGGGUUUAAUUUUGCCUUGGCUGCAUGCCCUGCUCCCAGCAGGGAACAAGAUUGCAUGGGCAAGGCAGAAGGAUUUACUCUGAUCUGCUGAAGGGUGGGGAUUAAAAUGCUUUUCAAAAGCACUGCUUGAAGCAGUUCCUACACUUCUCCAGCAGUUGGCUGAGCAGCAGUGGUAACUGUGCUGCUGUCCAUGUAUGGUCUUGCCGGAGAAGUGCACAAACUGCACUUUUGAGAAGUGUUUUAAGGCAGUCUCUGUACUCCUGUUUCAUCUGAAGUGGGACUGCAGGAGUUGCCUUAACGUGUUUCUCAAAAGCACUGUUUGAAGUAUUCUCCCCUUCUUUAAAUGAAGUCAAAGUUUAGGGCCAACUAGAUGUUACAAGAAAAACGUUUGGUUCUCAACACAGUCUUUCUGUUUUAAUGCUGGAAUGCAUUUGCAAGGAAGACUUUGCAGGUGCAGGAGAAACUAAGUGCCCUUCUUACUCACCAGUAUACUUUGGGAAGUCUAUAUGAUUCCUGUAUUUGCUUUUACCUUAUUGAAAGUGUGGCAUGGCCAUGUAUUUUCCAAGUUUGCCUUUGGGCACUUUUAAAACUAGAUCUAAGAUUAACAGUGCUACCUGGGAGACAGUGCUCAAUGUGUGAACUGAAGAAAGUUAUCUUUGCUAUAGCAUAACACAUUCUACACUUUACUAAACUGAAAGUGUGAGAAGGAUUCAAUGAAGUAAACUUAGGGUCUAAAUAGACUUACACCGUUUUUUGAGAAGGAGGCAGGCAAGAUCCUUACAAAUCCCGCCGAGGAUUUGUGCAACAGAUUGCAAUCUCCUGUUCCCAGCAACACUCAAACUCACUAUCUUAGUACAGGAAGCCACACAGAGCUUCAGAUAUGGUCUGAGCACAGGCGCCAGGAAUGCCUUGUAGUGGGAAAUUGUCUGUGUAUUAUUGCUGCUCAACUGGGAAUUCAGCCUGGCCACAGCUUCCACAGAGAGCAGUAGCUGACUGACUCAGCAGUGGGCUUCUGCAGGUGCCCUCUGUGUUGACUGCUGAUGCUGGGACUGAAUCCAGAUUGGCUGAAUGAGAAGAGUCUCCCCUUUUUUCUUGCAGUGGAAAUAAUUUUCCAAGUAAUAUAUAUCUUCUCUUUUGUAAGUGUAUUAAAUUCUAUAAUUUUCCAUUGGAAAAACAUUUGACUAAAGAGUUCAAAUAGCCAUUCAGUCCCAUAGGCAAAUUGCUAUCUGUUAUCCUAUGCUGCCUCUCAGGGUUGUUAUGAGGAUAAAAUGGGGAAGAACUUCUCAGGAAAUUUUGUAGUUUUGUUGUAAUGAUAUAUAUGUAUGCACACCAUAGGAGGUUGACUUGUUUAGUAAUUAAUAUAGCAAAAUGAAUAAUUGUCUUUAGCAGGUUUUUCCAGUUUUUAAUUAUUACUAUUCUACAUGUCGGAGCAAGUGCAUAUCCUUGUUUGUAUGAUUCAACUGUUUAAUCAAAUUUAGCAACUCGUAACUUAGCACAGUUACGGCUCUUAUUAAAUGGAGGCAAUUGUAAUAAAAUUAGAUUUAGUAGAGAACUGCUGUAGAUCUGCUUUGCGUGCAGAAGAUCCCUGGUUCAGCUCCUUGUGUCUCCAGGUGAGGCUGGGAGAAACUCAAUCAAAAGCUUUGGAAAUCCUCUGCCAGUCAGUGUGGACAAUACUGAACUAGAUAAACCAAUGAUCUAACUCUGUAUAGGGCAGUUUCCUUCGUAGAGGCAGACCCUCUGAGCCAUCUUGCUAAUUAUCUUGCUUUCAAACAGGCGAUUCUGUUACAAAACAUGCAUACAUGAUUACUCAUUGAAAGCCAUAUUCUUCCUUAGCUGUUGAACUUUUAAGAAUUUUUCUAAUUCUUCUCAAUAAAUUUCCUUCUUCUAGUUUGAACCAUAGAAGCCAUAUGGACAGACAGUUAUUUCCCCUUUUUAUGACCUUUACCUAUUUGAAAACUGUCAAUUGGGUGAUUUGACUUUUAAAUCAAGGCAAUUUAAGUAAUUGAUUAAAAAGAAAAACAAAACAAAAAACAAAUCAGGUUCCAGCUAUAAUUCCAGAACAGGAAUCCGUACUAAUUGGUGUUUUAAUUUUAAAAAUACCCAUUUGACAUUAUCUAUUUAUACUACCCAGAGGUAUAAAUAAUCUGAAACUUCUGGUCGUUCAGCUUUAUGUCUUUUUCUCUGCAGAAAACAUGCAUUUAUUAAGAAGAGCGUUAGGCAAUUGUACAUUAUUGAAAUGGGGGAAGUUAAGAUUUCUGCCCUUCUGAUCAGUGUUCUGGAAAGGUUAUUAAAUAAGAUAUUUAAUUAGGGAGUAUGUGAUGACCAGUACACUUGUAUUGGAUAUAUUCUGCAAUUCUAUUCAAGUUUUCUGUUUAACCACAUUUUUCAUUUAUUUCUGCAGCUGAAUGGCAUUAGAGUGGUGGAUGAACCUAUGGAGGAAGGAGAACCAUAUUCCUAUGAAGUAAGUUCAUGCAUAAGUUCUUAAGGGUGGGAACUGCCAUCAAAAUAUUUUGAGUUUCGUAUUUUCUUUUGGAUGCUUUAUUUAGGAACCAAACUAGGAGAAAACUUGGAGGACAAAAUGAGAGGUAAAAGAGAAGUAAUAGAAAUUUACUCUGCUUCUUCAGUAGAAAAGUUCAGGAUUUUUUUCCUAUGUGCCCGAGUGUAUGACAUAGGUGAUGCACAUAGGUGAUGUGUAACCUUGCUUGAAAUAGUUUGACUUUCAAGAUUUGCAGUAUUGAUGCAAAUCAAGUAGUAUUUUUAAUGAAUUUUUGUUCCAUAUGUGUUGGAUACAUAUCUGAUGCUUGUUUGGGUGAGGAAAGCCGUAUACUGGCAGCAGGCAGCCUGAAUGACAUUUUGUUUCAGAAGGAAGAAGUAACUACAAAUUAGUAUAAUUUUUAGAAUCUAUUUUUAUUGUUACUGAAAGCAGUCUUGGAAAUAAAUGCUUAAUACUUAAUAGUUCACAGAACUAUUUUUUGCCUGCCUGCUUACAUGUGCUGGUUAGUCAUUUAUAGCCUUAACAAAUGGAGAGGGCCUGUUAUGCAAAGCUCUUCCUGAUCACUUUGAAUGGAACCAUGCUUAUUUGCCAUAGGCAAUUUAGAUGGUGCUAGUUACAAGCCUGGUUGAAAGAAAAAAAUAGUUCUUAAAAUGUUUUAUCAUAAGACACUAUGUUUUUAGUGGCGUUUGCUGUUAUCUGUAAGCUGCCUUGAGUCCCACCAGGGAAAAAGGUGAGGUAUAAAUAAAUAAAUCACCAUCAUCAUCAUCACCACCACUUUGGAAUGCUACAACAUUUUCUGAUGUUUAAAUUACUUUUGAGCAGUACCAGCCAGCCUGAAAUAGACUCAAGUGUGUUUAAGGCAAAUAUGUUAAUUUUAUAGGCAUUCUGUCCAGUAAAGGUAUACAGACAGUGUUCUGGAUUGUAUUUAAUUUCCUUAGACUUUCUGUGUGGUGUUACUUUGCUCUGAUUUUCAUUUGACUGAUAAUCAUAUAGUAAAGUUCUGAUGCCUUAAAUAAUUUCCAAAUUCUUUCUCAGGGGAUCCAGUGAAAGUAUUUUAUUUUAAAUACUGUUUUUUGUUUUCUAAUGCUUGACCUGUAAGCAAAACUUCUAGGUCUCUAACAUCAGUACUGGCAUCUGAGUGAUGUGCUAUUGGGUCUAAUUCUUUUUUAUUAGUUGGCUUCUUCUUUGGUUUAUAUAUUAGUGCUAUAUAUAGUGACUACAUAAGCAAUCUAUGGAAUGCAUAGCCUGGGUGUUAUCUUGGAUAUUAGGCAAUGAGUGCUAUCUUGGAUAUUAGGCACACAUGAUUCUGAGUAUUGCAUACAUUAAGAGCAGGAUUCCUCAACCUGGUGUCUUUCUAUCAGCCUGGCUAGCUUUUUCAAUGGUCAGGGAUGAUGGUAGUUAUAGCCCAGCAACAUCUGAAGGGGACCAGGUUAGGGAAGACUGUUGUAGGGGAUGUUUCAUAUUCCCCAUUCCUCUAAUGUCUGGCAGUAUACCUUAUUUGCACUUGGUGGCAAUACACAGAUUGGCUCAGAUGAUGUGAUAGCAUGAAAUAUCAUUUACAAACAUUAUGAUUGCUGAGGCAACACAGAAUCCUUACAGUGCAUAUUUUGUGAAGGGAAGGGAAGUUGUUAGUUUGGAAGGCAUUGAAACAUGGACAAAGGCAGAAAAAGAUUUCUGUGUCUGACUGGAGAUAGAGAAUAUUUGAGACAUGUCCCCAGUCCAGUUUUCAAUAUUAAUAAAAUGUAAUUAAUACAUUAAAAGCCACACAAGCUUAAAAUAAGAGCAGCCCAGACCUGGAGCUGGUCUUUGCCUGCCUUCCCCUAUCUCUGGAAUCAUUCCAACAGGGUAGGUGCCUAGUGUUGUGAAGUGCUUUAUAAAUAACUGUCAGUACUUUGUUGCUUCUGGAAGCACUCCCCUUAUCCUGGCAUAUGUUAUCCAUUAGGUUGGCUAGGGCAGUUUCUGUGCCAAGAACAAGCCUAGAACUAGACUGAAAUGAAAAGAGACAAUCAGUUUCAUCCACUUGCUCAAGUAGCUUGCCUAAGAAGGUGAUUUGUGGGUAUUUUUGACCAGCUGAUGAUUGGUUGAAAUCUUCAAGGUUUGAAGAGAGUUUCUUCAUUAGUGGUUUUACAACAGUCUUAAUCAAAUAUGCUGAUGACAUCCAGCUCUAAAUUUAAGUUACUAAGUUUCCAAAUGCUGUUAUCUUUGUCCUAAAUCCAGGGUCCAGAAGCUAUGGUCAAGUGGAAGAGGGGUAACAGAUUGAAGUUGAAUUCAGACAAGUAAGAAGUGAUGAUAGAUCUUCCUAUAAUUUAUCGGGCUGUAAUCUCCCCACUGGAACAGCUUUGGAACCUGGGAGUUAUUUUUGAUUCAGUCCUGCUUUUUGAUAAGCAGCUUGCUGUUGCAGCCAAGAGUGCUUUGUUACAAAGUGCAAAAGAGAUAGCUAAAUUUAGGUGAAAGGCAACUCUGAAGAAGUCUAGAAUUGAGGAAUAGUUCUAUGCUGGGGAUGGAGAGGAACUGGAGUUAAGAAUAGAGUAACUAAAGGAAGUGGAGUCGACUUGGCAGCGGGCUGUAUAGGAGCUGAUGUAAAGCCUGGGUAAUAUAAAAGGCUGUAUGAACAGGAAAGAAGUGGGAAAAUAAGAGCAUUGGAGGACACGGCCAGGUGCCAAGUAGUCCUAGGAUCGUGGACUCUAGAUCUGACGGAACUAUUGUCUCACCCAAAGGUGAGUUAGAAGGUGGCUUCUGCUAGUUGUGGCUUCUUUUGUUACUGAAGCAGUGUGAUAGAGGCAGCAACCAUUUUAGGUGUGUCCAAUUGAUGCGCGACUGCCAAUGCACAGGUCCUUUUGGACCUGGAAGAAGGCAAAAUGAGGGCUGAAUAUGGGCAGGAGGUGCUUAUCCAUGUUCUGCUGAUACGUGUGGGGGCCAGGAAUGGAACCUCCGUGCAAAAUUGUUGCCGCCUAUAUUAAGCUGUGGACUCCUGCUUAUUAGUAGUGUGCUUCAUUUUAAAACGGAAGAAGUCUUAGUUUAGGCAAGGAGAGUAUCUGCAUUAAAAACACGCACACACCAUAAUAUUCAUACCUGAUACUUUAUUUUACAAACAAUAAAAUACCACAUGCAGUUCUAAAUUACAUAACAAUGAGUAUUCAAGGAAACAGUGAGUGAGGUUGGUGUUUAUAGAUCAUAGGGCAGACAGAGCAAGUUCUUCAAAUAAGGACCUGAAAAGGAUGGAUGACUUGUUCAUAGCUUGGUUGCUCAACUUUGGCUGUGAUGGUGGUUGUGUGAUCUGAUUUUUUUGGCUUUAAAGUCAGGGUGGGGGAAGAAGAGGAAGUAAUAGUACUGUGGGACCAGCUUGACAACCUGCAGCAGAAUUGGUGCAAUGUUCUGGACCACCCCCCUGGACCUUCAUUUAUGUUGCAGAUGUUCUGGAUUGUGACAUCUUAAUUAAGGGACUGGAGUAGAGAAACUAAAGGAAGUUGGCUUUAGCAGAUCAAACUUGUAGGUAGAUGAAGAUAGGACUACAAUAGCAGGAAGAAAGUAGAAGACAACAGAGGUUUAAAGAGCUGUAGUCCAAGGAACAAAAUGUGCAGAAGGCUAAAUCUGAAACAAAAGUAAAGUGAUUGAGAGCACUAUACUGUUGAUAAAACCUGGUUUCUCUCCCUGAUACUUAGGCUCUGCUUCUUUUGCUGCUGCCCACACUGAACAGCUGUUGAGUGACCAAGUUCUUUUCUUUUGUUACAUUACGUGGUUGCUACUCAAUUCUUAGGAUACACUGAAUGUAGUUUUUUCAAAUUAAUGAAUAUAACUGAAUAGCACAUGGGAUCUAGAAUUACUCAGCCAGGACCUCGGAUUUAUAUUACAGGAGACUAUUCCAUGGACAAUUGUAUGAUUGCUUUUUCCUGUUGAAUUCUUAUUUAAUGACUGUUGCCAAGUUCCACAGAAACAAAUUGUGAUGUCAUAGGAUAGUAACUUAAGGUGGAAGAAGAAAAUAGAAACAGAUGAAUGACUAAAAUGGUUUUUCAUGCAAAUGUUCCAGUUUAUUGAAAUAUGAAAACAGCAUUGUUGAAUGUCUUGUGUGUGGCAUCAGCAGCUAUUAAAGAUUUUAUUAGAGCUUAUUGAUUUGACUUCUGUUUUUUCUGUCACUAGGCAACAUGAAUACUAGCAUUUUAACUGUUUUUUCCUUAAGAAAAGGAGGGAUGAAUUUUUAAUAUGUGUCAGGACAGUACUUAGAUGCCUUCUAAUCUUAUGUGAGGGAAAGAUGGAGGCUCUGAUGUCAGCAUUUAUAUACAUUUGAAGUUCUUAGUGGUGUUUAUAUCUUCAGUGCAUUGUUGGAAGAAACUGAGUUCUUUAAAAACAAAGCAGAUUUGUUGUUACACAUCUUAAAUAUUCAGUUUUGAAAAUGUAAGCCUUUAAUUUUCUAUAUUUCUCAUCACUGUGAGGAACUGGAACAGUUAUUCAGAUACUGAGGUGUCUAAGGUGUUUUAUGCAUAUUGAGAUAAUAACUUGCUUUGUUGAUUAAUACCAUCUUUUGAAAUUCAAGCAGUAAAUGUCUGAGAACAUUGUAUAUAUUCAUUAUCUACUAUAUAUUUUGGAAAGUGGUUUGUUUAUUCUCCAUGCAGAUGCCUCUUGAGCUAUUAUUGCUAAACCAUGAAGGCUUCUGAGGUGAGGGUGGUGGUUUUUGUUGAUGUUGGAACACUGGAUGCCAUUUUGAAUCAAGAUGGCAGCUUGAAACAUGACUUUGGUGUAACUUCACUGGAUUUUCAGUGCAGUGGGUGCAAACUGCACCAAUUUCAUUCUUGGCACAAUUGUUCCUGAUGUGGGAGCAGCUAUUUUUUUAUCAACCUUGGAACACUGGAUGCACUUUCAAAUUAGGAUGAUAGUCCAAAACGUGACUUGGGCAUGACUUUGUCUGAUUUUUCACAUGACUGGUACAAACUGCACUGAUUCAAACUUGGCAUGAAGGUUCCUGAGGUUGGGACAGCAAUUUUUGUUAACGUGGAGCUUCUGGCUGUCAUUCUGAAUCAAGAUGCUGGACAGAAACAUGACUGGUGUGAUUUUGCCCAAUUUGGCAUUAAGCAUCCAUUUGUAUGCCUCUGAAGAUAUUGUUACCCAGUUUACCAUGACUUUGCCAAAUUUGAACCAAUAGUUCCAACCAGUACUAAUUUGGAUGGCUCUGAAGAUAGCAUUGCCAAAUUUGGCAGGACAGUUGUAACCUAUGCAGUUUUGGAUGCCUCUGAAAAUAUUUUUCACUGAACUUGGCAUGAGGAUUCCCAAGGUGGAAGAGGCAGACUUCCUAUGUUUAGACACCAAGUGCCAUGUUGAAUCAAGAUGGCAGACCAAAUAAACCAUAACUAAAUACUAGCAUUCUGCACCAGCUGGAGCUGCUGAAUCAGACCCAAGGGCAGCCCCAUAUAGAACCUAUUAAAGUAAUCUAGCCUUGAAGUUGCCAAUGUGUGGACAACAGUGGUUAAGCUAUCCUUGUCCAGGAACAGCUGUAGUUGGCAAACCAGAGGAAAGUGGUGAAAGGCAUUCCUAGCCUUCUCCUUCCCCCAUGACUAUGAGACUGUCAUCUCUGUUUUAUUCACCUCGUUUCACACCUAACUUCUAACCACUUAGCCUACUUAAACUGUAAACACUUGGUCAAACAUUUUACCCAUAGUCCCAAACUUACACUACCUUGCACAGUGAUUUGUAAUUUUAUGUUGAUAAAACAGCAACAUACUUCAUAUCCUAAGCAUUUAUUUUCUGUUUGUAGACAAUGAAUUAAUCUCAAGGUCUGAUAAUCUCGUUGCUUCCUCACAACCAAUAUAAGGAUCUGCUAGAGACUAUGUCUCUGAGAGGACUUGGACAAUGUUGUAACUAUUGCCUGCAGUAUCCUCCCCACUCAGUGGUUCCCUAAGAACAGGAGCUUUUCAAUAGAAAAAGGAACAGUCUACUAUGAAAGGAUCAUAGAGGCCUGAAUUGUCCUUCCCAUUAUUAUUAUUAUUUAAAUAUUAUUUAUCACUGCUCUUCACCAGCAGGUCUCAGGGUGUGUUACAACACUUUGAAAUUCGGAAUUAAAAACAAUUAAAACAUUCUACAUUCACCAGAAUAGGUGGGUUUCUGUAAACAUGAAUCUCAGGUGCCAAAGGCCAGGGUAAAGAGGUGUGUCAUCAGUAUUCCUGAACAGUUGUAUAGUGAAGAGGCCAGACAUACCUCCAUGGGGAGGGAAUUCUACCACUAAGUGGAUGCCACAGGGAAUGAAUGCCCUCUCCUAGGCCAUUGGCAACCAAACUUUUGCAGGAAGUGUAACUACCAAGGGGCCCCCCUCUGCUGAUCUUAACAACCAAGCGGGUUUGUAAGGAAGGAAGAGGUCUUUCAGAUAUUUGGAGCCCAUGGUUUUUUUGGCUUAAAUACUAAAAUGAGCACCUUGAGCCUGGUAAUGAACUGGUGGCCCAGGCAGCUAUUUUAAAACAAGGGGUUAUAUAGAUCAUAUGUGCUCUAAAAGCAACCCCAGCCAAUAAUUUGGGCACUGCAUUUUGGACUAGUUGAAGUUUACUUCAGCAGCCUCAUGUAGAGCACAUUGGAAUUUCCCAGAGCAUGGAGUACAGUGACCAAAUAAUAUCUGUCCAAAAGAGGCUGUAGCUGGCAAAUCAGUUGUAGCUGAAAAUAGGCAAACCCAGCCACCAAGGGCCUCAAGUGACAAAGCUGGAUCUAGGAAUAGUCCUAGGCUACGAACAUGCUCCUUCCAGGGGAGUGCAACCUCAUCCAGAACAGGCUGUUUUCUCUCCUUCUCGACUUCAGAAAUUUGAACAUAUAACACUCCUGUCUUUCCAGGAUUCAGCUUCAGUUUGUUGGCUAACAUCCAGCCCAUCACCCAUCCUCACUUUUUGGAUAAUUUGUAGUAGCGCUUCUGAUAGGUGGUAGUGUUAUAUUGUUUAUGAUUAUACAUCUAUGGGCAGAGCAGCUUAUUUUUAUAGCACUAGCUGUAGAUUGUAUGAAUAAUAAAUUAUAAAUAAUUUCCCCUUCACAAACAGUAAAGUAGACAGAUGGGGGCAGUAAAGAUUAUUAUUUCAGUGGUCGUUAUUAUUCAUUUUUAUUUGAAUAGGAUGAAGGAGUUGUGAAAGAGAUACCUAUUACUCACCAUGUGAAAGAAGGAUGUGAAAAAGCAGAUCCUGCACAAUUUGAAUUACUUAAAGUCCUUGGUCAAGGAUCAUUUGGAAAGGUAAGACAAAACUAGAACUGUUUAUUCUAAAUAAUGCAAUUUCAUGUCAUAUUUGAUUUCUAGUCCUGUUCAUUCAUCUAAAGACAUACUUGAUUUGUAUUUAAUGACUGUAUAGUGAGCUAUCUAUGUUGGAGAGUUAUUAUAGUAAAUUUACAAAGGACAUACACUAAUACCUUCUCCACUGCUUUCACAAGACGUUUUACUUUUCGAAAGUAUUUUAGUCAUUUUUAUGAUGAAACAGUACAUAUUGCUUUUGGUGGAAGAUGGAAAAGGCAUAUUUGAUUUACUGAGCGUAAACGAUUAGCCAACACAAUUGAUGUUUACUGUGGUUUUAUAAUUUGUUGGAAGACGUCCAGAGUGGCUGGGCCAGCCCAGUCAGAUGUGUGGCAUAUAACUAAUAAUUGGAAAGCUAUGAAAGUGACCCUUAAACGGAUGUGUAUUCAUCUCCACUACUAUUAAAACACUAAAAUGUGCGUGUUUGUGGAAUGAGUUGCUAGAUUCAACACAACUUAAAUAAUGCAUAUUUAUUUUUCAUUAGCAGUUUCACUUAGAGAUAAGUUUUACACUGAAAAUUCAAAAUUGGGUGGUGUGGAAAUAUUUUUAUAUGAUGUGAACAUUUUAUAACAAUUUUAAAAUUGGCCUAAUGCAGAACUUAACCAAUCAAUGGUUAGAAGAUCAGGAGUGUUCCCUUCCCGCUUAUAUCAUCUUCUUUUAUAUCAGGCAUAGGGACUCAGCAGAUUUUGCUGAACUACAAUUCCUAUGAUCCCUUGUCAUUGGCCAUGCCUGCUAGGGCUGAUGGGACUUGGAAGUUCAUCAGUGCCUUAUGGGUCAAAGGUUAUCCACUGCUAUUUUAUACUUUCCUUCCCGCUAUGUUUCAUUGUUAACUAUGGUUAAGUGUUACAUCUGAAUCAGCAGUUUUGUUACCAGCUGUUAGAUCCAAAUGACAGUUUACAGCUAUUAUUGAAAGCUGGUUUGCUAACUAGUUUCAGCUAAAACACUUGGACUGAAAUAAUGUUAUAGCAUGGCUAGGUUAUAAAAAUGAAAGUAAAGUUGGGGGAAGGGGGCUAAGGGUAGUUCAUAAUCCUUUUUAAGCAUGGUGUGACUUGACAUAGUUAGCCUCUGCACCAGUAUCAGAGUAAAUGAAUUAAGAGUGGGAGCUUUCAUAUAUCUAGAGUACCUGGAAAGAAGUCAAACUGGCAAAUUUUACAGGUUUGCAAAUAAUUUAAAGUCUAAGUAAUAUUUCAAAGCAAGUAUUUUUAUGUGGUUCUCUGUCAGUUCCCUUCCUCUUCCCCCAGAAACACAAUAGUUCACCUUUGUGUUUAAUAUUUAUAGAUUACAUGGAAGAGUAGGUACAAGUUAGCCUCUAUUUUACAUGAGUACACAGCCUCUUAAUUAGUUCAUGCUGUGGAUAUAAAAGCAACACCCCCAUUUGUGCGGUUCAGUAUGUGCACGAUUGUGCCCAUGCGCAUUGUGCUGAAUCCAGAAGUGACCUGAAAAUGUCACAAAUGGGCAGAAUGGGGUGGGGACAAAACAAAGUUUUCAGGCAUUUUCAAUGUUGCUUCAAAUAUGUGCGGUUUCACUUAAAUGCGUGGUGCCUUGGAAUGUAACCCGUGCAUAAAUUGGGGUGACCUGUAUUAAGUUUUUAUUUCUGUAGUAUUCAGUUUGUAGAAUUGGGACUAGAAAAAACCAGGUCAGCUAGGUAAGGGAAGGAUUAUUCUAAUCUGACAUAUUAUCAUAUUGGCCACUCGGUGGUCCUGGGAUUCUCCUUAUCUGCAGACUUAACUGCUUGCCUGAAAGCAAGUUUGUAUUUUGACUUCAACACUGGAGCAUGUACCAUGUGCGUACUUCAGUAAUCACUCCCCUAAAAAUAUUUUAUCAUUUUUACUUCUUAAACACCUCCUGAAGCACCAAAUGUAUAUGUAAUAACAUUUAAGUUUUUAAACAGGUAUCAUUCCGCAAGUUGUCAUUUGUCCUAGGAGGUCUAUAACCGUGUUCUAUCAAUGUUGCAUAUGUAAUAAAACUGUGCCAGGUUGAUUGAAAAGCUGUGGUUUUCUUGUCUAUUCAACUCUCUUAGACAUGGUUUGUCACUUUGUCCAUUAAUGUUAAGUCCCUGGGGUGUGAGGUCUCAAAAUAGGUCUGCAUUUACAGUCUUCUAAUACCUUGCAAUUGUAAGCCAUGCUGCAUUGAUCAGGUGAGUAAUAAGAUCCUUCUGGGAAAGCUGUUGAUCAGUUUGUGAGUAGUAUGAUAGAAGUGCUGUUUUAGGAUCAAAGUGGGUAUCUUGUUUUGUGGUAAGACCUACUUUUUUCCAAAACAAAAAGACUUUGGGGUAUUGCCACCGCGGGUGGAUAAAUGACCGUGUGACAUUACAAUUUCUCCAAUACAUAGCUAAUGCUUUUUUAGUCAUUUUACUCAAUAAUAAAAUUAUACAACUAGUGUAUACCUUUAAGUGCAUUUUUCUGGUUCUUACUGGAGCAGAUUUAAAAGGGGCUUUUCCUGGAUUCUGUUCCAUAAGGUAUAAUCUAAUGGAUCACCCAAAUCUUUUUCAUAUCAUGCCUUUAUAAUUGUGAGAGGUGGCAACAUUUCAGUUUAGUACUUUAUAGAUUUGGGAAACAAGACCUUUCCCUAACGCAGUGGUUUUCAACCAAUGUGCUGUGGCACCCCGAGGUGCCUUGAAUGAUGGUCAGGGGUGCCGUGGGCAACACUGGCCUCUGUCCCACUUUCCUUCCCUCCCUCCUCUGAUGCCCUCUUGCAUCUCUGCCUCCCAAAGGCUUGCACAGCUAUUUGUUGCAGCAGUCCUGACUACAAGCUCUCCAGGUGAAUGGUGCCUCUGGGGCUGGCCAGGGGGUGCUUCCUAGGCCCCUCUGGUGCAGUGUGAGGAGGCACCUCACUUUGGGGCAGGGGGGCAACUCAGAGACUGGGGGGGGGCAGCUGUAGCUGCCCAGAGGACUGCCAAGGAGAGGAGAAGGAGGCUGAGAGAACCCUUCACAAUGGAGGGAUGAGGGGCUGCUGGCUCUGUAGGCAAGGGGUGACAUAACUGGGCUUUUGAGCCCCACAGCGGUGCUGCAGAAAUAAUGUAGUUUGACAAGAGAGCCAUGGACCCAAAAAGUUUGAAAACAUCUGCACUAAAGGAUUACAAGUUCACAUUAGCUUUUCAAAAGCAGUCAUUGUGCAUAAUUCGUAAGCAUUUGUAAAAUAUUUAAUCUCUGUUCUCUGGUUAGGUUUUCCUCGUGAGGAAAAUUUUUGGUCCUGAUGCUGGACAGCUGUAUGCAAUGAAAGUUCUGAAGAAAGCUUCUUUAAAAGGUUUGCUUGCAUUUUUUAAAAAAAUUAAUACAAUACAUUGGCUAAAGCCCCUUCUUCAUGUGCCCCUUACACCAGAGGCCCAGAGGGUGGCAACAGGAGAACGGGCCUUCUCUGCUGUGGCUCCCAUUUGUGGAAUGCUCUUUGUAGGGAGGCUUUCCUGACUCCUUAAUUACUUAUCUUUAGGGGCCAGGUGAAUACAUUUUUCUAUAACCAUGCCCUGUUUUAUAGUUUAAUAAUCAUUCCUAUACUAAAGUUAAUUACAAGUUCAAUUGAAGGUACUUAUAUCCUAAGUAAAUAUGUUGUAGGACUGAAGUGUUUGGCUGCAGUCCUCAAGGGCAUACAUCUGAAAUAGUUCAAUGGGUUUUGCUUAUUGAUUAUUUCAAAGUGUGUGGCGUAAUGAUGGCAGACUUCUCUUUAAACCAGUUGUUUCCUUCAUCUUAAAUCAAUGCUUGAUUUCCUGACUAAAAAGUGCCUGGGCUUAUCCUGCCUGGCAGUUGCUCAUUUUGAUGUAAAAUAUAGUGACAGAAUAUCCCUGUUAAGUGAAAAGGACUCUGCACAUGUUGAGGGGCAUUUGUUCCAGUAUUUAUCCUGAACACUGAAAACAAGGUUGAAGACUACACUCUCUUCAAAAGCAUGUCUUUAUUCCCUAGCUUUAAAUGACAUAUUUUUAGGGCUUGUCUUAAUAAAGGUUUAAACAGAUAUGGCAGUGAUUUAUGGAUUUUAAAAUAUGGCCUCUCCAUAUAUAUCGUGUUAUACCUGUAAAUCAUACUACUGCAGUGAAUUUCUCUUGACUUUUUUGUUGCAAUGUGUGUGAAUCUGGUUGGUGACCCAGUGCAAUCAUAAAUUGUAGAGUUGGAACGGACCCCAAGGGUUAUCUAGUCCAAUUCUCUGAAAUGCAGGAAUCACAGUUAAAGAAUCCCUGACAGAUGGCCAUCCAACCUUCUCCAGUGAAGGAGCGUCAUUUUGUAGAAUAAACAUUAGUGGUUUGUGUACAGAAACUCCUUGGUGAAUUCUGCCUGUUGUAUAUAUUUUCCCUCAAAUUCUUAGUCAAAAUAGCCAUUUAACUAAACUGUGGUUGUUUAUAAAGUUUUCUGCGGCUGAUUUAAUUCAGGUAGCUUGCUUAAUAUAGAUAACAGCCAUUUUUGUUUGCAGUUCGAGAUAGAGUUCGUACAAAGAUGGAGAGAGAUAUAUUAGUAGAAGUAAAUCAUCCGUUUAUUGUCAAACUGCACUAUGGUGAGUAUUUUUGUGUCCAUUGAAAUGCAUAUUUAAAUGAAAAUUCUAAUAAGUAUUUUCUUACAGAUUUUUGGGGAAAAUUUGCUGACUGAUGGGAAAGCAAAAUAGAACUUAAUUAUGAAUGAACGCAUGAUAAACUGAUAGUGAACAUGCAUGAAACUAACAAUGAUCAAUCCCUGAACUGAAUGAGCUCUUCAAUGCACUAUUUGGUCUGUCCUAAAAUUGUUCUUGGCCAAUCUGGAAAUAGCCGUAGUUUUAUAAGAAGCUAUUUUUAAAAGGACCCUUCACACCACUGAUAAUGUAUGACAUCUUGGUAACCUGUGACCACAUUGCUAAAUAUGGAAUUUUUGCCUCAACACGACCAAAUUGUAGUGCUAAUUCUACUCCCUCAUGAAGCCUAUUUGUUACAUGUUUGCUUUCCUGUCUCAAUAAAGUUCACUUGAAUUUAGAUUGAGGUUUCUACUUAUGCAAAUAAGAAUGCAAGCAUGUGAUGAAUUUAACUUUCAUGGCUUUUGUCUGCUUUCUUUAAAGGUUUAAUUGUAAAAUUGGAUACAAAAUUAGAUCUUUGCUGUAGAAAAAGUCUUGAGUACUUUUAAUUUGUAAAUAGUAUUAAAAUAUUUAGAGUUCUAGAUAAGCAUGUGGGUAUUAAUUUAGUAUUUUGAUGAAGUAUUCUUAUGAUUAUUCAAAUCAGCUUUUCAGACUGAAGGGAAGCUAUAUUUAAUAUUGGAUUUUCUCAGGGGAGGAGAUGUGUUCACAAGAUUAUCCAAAGAGGUACGUAUUUCUAUAAUUUUGAAAACAAAAUUAAUAUUUACAUUAGGCAAAAUGGACUAUCUUGUAAUUUUACAUUUUUACCCUGUCCUUCCACAUUUGUGCAUUGCAUGAUAUAUAUUGAAUAUACAUUAGUACAUAUAUCAUAAAGACAUACCAACUUAGAAAACUGUAAGUAGCUGGGCCGAUUUAAUUAAAUGAGCAGAGUUUCCAGUAAUGGGUGUGUUUUGGGUAAGGCUCCUGAACCCGCGAUUAGGAAGAACAUUCACCAGGACCAAACAAAAUGUCACAGAAGUGUGGCAAGCUUUUGAGUUAUCCAGGACUGUUCACCAAGCAAGAUGUUGCACAAGGUGACAAGAGUGAAGAAAAACAAAAGAGUAAAAAAUAAGGCUGAUGUAGUAACCAUGAGGUCAGCUUCUGGAUUCUGUUCCAUGAUCUUGAAUUCUGGAGAACUCAGAACAGUGCCACAUCUCUGUGACAUCUUGAUUUGUGCCAAUAAAUGUUUUUUUCCUUCUAGACCUAAAUAAAUUUAUUUGGUUUUUAUGAGCUGAAGGCUAUAAUCCUAUGCACACUCAAUCUGUGGGAUGUUUCUGAGAAGUACAGGAACCCCACCACUUACGUGCAUCCCAUUAAUGCACGACCACGUUUAUGUGGAUAGCCAAUAAACAAACAAACAAACAAAUAAAUAGACAGACAGACCUUCCCUUGCUUGGGGCUUCUGCCCUGAAGUCGCUCUGGGCUUCUACUGAAUAAGGGAAGGCAGCCUUCAAUAGACGUGGGGUUGGGAGAUGCCUUCUCCCUGCCACUCGGCUGCAUGUCCGCGUCCCCAUUCUUGUGAUAGUUCUGCUGGGUGCUCUUAUUGGCCCUUGCUCUCUGUGGCCAGCUGCCAGUACUGUUCACACUGGUUCCCCUCGGGCACACAGACAGACUUGAGACAGGCUUGGCAGCAACCCUGGGCAAAUUCUGGGGUUAGUCUCUCUCUCUCUCUCCUCCCCACACGCCCUCCCUAAUAAAGUGGGGCGCUCCUCAUUUUACGCAAUUUCACUUACGUGUGUGGGGCGUAACCCCAGAACGUAACCCCCGUGUAAGUGGGGGGACGCCUGUAUACAUAGGAUUGUCCUGUAAUUCAUUCAUUAUACAGUAUGGACUGAGAAAUAUGCCUCCCAUUUACAUCUGCUCAUUCCUAAAAUGGGAAUGUGUGUUUAAGUAUUUACUUUUCUUUGGAACAAGAGAAAAUGAAAAUCUUGACUCUGCUUUGAAUCUCUUCCACCUGUUAUAAAUAUUCUUCUAUAAAUAUUUUUAUACUUCAUAUAUACUACUUUGGCAUUUACAUUUCUACCUACUUCAUUCCAAGUUGCAGAAUAUUUUUAUAAAAUGGCUGUUUUCUGAAAUCAGUUAUCAGCAUUUUUAUACCAAGGAGUAUCUGGACUGCAUUCAGAUCUUUAUUUCAUGUGGAGGGAGUGGGUGUGCAAGUAGAGCACAUAAUGAUCUGUUAGGGAGUUUAGCAUCAUUCUACUUCCCUUCUGUCCAUCCCAGUCAUCUUUUAGCAGGGGUGCGGGGAAGAAGGAGGAAUGAUCUGAAUAUCUGUUCCGUUGGGAGCUAGCAGGAUUUAUGCUAGCCCUCUCUAGCUUGUCUUUUCUGAUGGCCUAUAUACAGCCUGAGCUCCCAUCAUCCUGGAUUAUGGGGGAUACAUGCAUCACAGCUUUUUAAAUCUUACGGGAGUUUAUAGUCAUCUUAGAUAUGCAGAAAUUUAACAAGAUCAGAAUGUAAAUCUAUAUAGUUCUUAUUAGGUUAUGUUUACAGAGGAAGAUGUGAAAUUCUACCUCGCAGAACUGGCCCUUGCUUUGGAUCAUCUGCACAGCUUGGGAAUUGUGUACAGGGACCUGAAGCCAGAAAAGUAAAGUAAAAUGUAUUUUAUCCGUUACUACAGUACUCUUGUUCGAAGAUUUAUUUGCCUUUUUUGUAAUCAAAAUAUAGAAUCACAUGAAAGUUUAGAUAUUUUAUUCUUCUAAUAUAUAUUGAAAAUAGAGUAUUGCAUAUUUGUUAAUAUAAUACAGGCACCCCCCCACUUAUGCGCAUUCCAUUCACGUGCGACCAUGUUUAGACGCAUCACCGUGAAAUAAAUAAAUGAUUUAAACCAGGAAAUGGUGCCAAAACACUGCGAAAAGAGCAAGAGAGACCUGGAGAGUGGGGGGAAACAGCUUGCACGGCCGCUCUGAUUGUCCUGCCGCCUCCACUAACGCACCCUCCUUGUCCUUCUUUUUCCUCGGCAGCAGAGCCAUUGUGGGGUGGGGGUGCUCCAUGCCUCUGCCCACCUGCCCGUCCCUCGCUCACUCGCUUGUGUCAGUUUUGUUUAUUGGACAGGAUCUGAGAGUCCCUCUGCCCUCUGAUCGCCCUAUCCCUUGCUGCCCAACAAAUAGGCAGCAACAUUAUUUCUUGAGGGGUGGGGGAGAAAUUAGAUAAAAAAUAAACGGUCUCCAGCAACUUCCAAGACUACUAGAGAGAGUGCUGAGAAGCCCAGCAGCAGUGUUGGGCACCUGGAGCCACCCAGCUACCAACCCACAUCUCAACUUUCUGGUCACUGGAGGCAGGCAGGGCAUGCAUGUCCAAGGGUACAUAGCUGCCCGGGGAAGACUGAUGGGAUGGAUGGGAUCUGCUGAGAGAGAGCUGUUUCCCAGCCUCUCUCAAUAGCGCCCCCCCCCAUUUUUCACAUAUGGGUGGAGUCUGGGAACAUAACCUCCACAUAAGGUUGGGGGGGGGGAAUGCCUGUAUAUAAAAACUAUUGGUUUAAUUAUUAUUUCAUUUGCUAAAUUAAAUGUAUUAUAAAUUCUCCUGUUAUGUGUAUUGGUGAAUGUGGAUUUUAAUUUUCAGCAUUUUGCUUGAUGAAGCAGGACAUAUCAAGUUAACAGGUAGGUGGAACUUACCAACAUAACUUUUAAAAAAUAUUUAUAUAAGUUUCUUGAAAAGUUGUAGCAGGAGAUACAGUGGUGCCUCGCAAGACGAAAUUAAUCCGUUCCACGAGAGUCUUCGUCUAGCGGUUUUUUCGUCUUGCGAAGCAAGCCCAUUGACGGAUUAGCGCUAUUAGCGCUAUUAGCGGUUUAGCGGCUAUUAAAGGCUUAAAGGCUUAGGGAUUAGCUGCUAAAAGGCUAUUAAAGGCUAUUAAAGGCUUAGCAGAUUAGAUAAAGGGGGAAAGCGAAAAAAAUCUCAAGACUCGCAAGAUAUUUUCGUCUUGCGAAGCAAGCCCAUAGGGGAAUUCGUCCUGCGAAGCAACUUCAAAACGGAAAACCCUUUCGUCUAGCGGUUUUUCCGUCUUGCGAGGCAUUCGUCUUGCGGGGCACCACUGUACUGCAUUGAGUUUUUCACAGCUGUUGUUAUGUGCAUUUUUUCUUGUGCAUUUUCAAUCAUUUUAGACUUAGAGUAUUAGAGGUUAUUGUAUGCCAGGAUCUUGUGCAUAUAACCAGAAAUGACUUUCUUCUAGCCAGGUUGUAAGCUGUUGUGACUUUCUCCAGUGUCCUAGCCAGCAAGCUCACAUAUUCUCAUGCACCAUCCUGUUGACUGUUAAGCACUUCUUGGAGAUUUUUAAUUAAAUCAGGGAAAAGAGGAAGAACGGCAUUUGAGCUCGGAGGCUGCAUCAAGAAGAUGGGUCUUUGAAUCUGAGACCUCAGCUGCCCAAAGGAAAUGCCUUCUAUUUUUGCAAUAGUACCCUUGGAUCCUAGUUGAAAGGAUUUUCAACAGUGAAGUGGAAGCAGUUCUUGUCUGCAUUUUUUUGAGUGGGUUAGAACCCCAAAGUAUAAUUUAAUAUCCUCGUGAUUCUUUUAAUCUACUUCUGCUUUUCUGCAGAGGAUGUCAGCUGUUAGAUCCAUUUCUUGGUCCAAAAUUAUGAUGGAAGCAGAUAUUAUGUUCCAGUUUGAUGGCCCAGUUUGUCAGGCAUGGUAGCUCAUUUGUUGUAGCUCAUUUGCUAUUGAGAUUGCCCUCAUAUAUAUUUAUUCAGCUUAUAAAUGUAUUAGACACUUUUCUUCACAGUGGUUUAAUAAAAAAAGACACAUAAAGUAAAAAUAACAAAAAACCCAAGUAGUUAAACAUAGUAACUGUAAAGUUCAGGUGAAAUUUAUAAAUCAGGUGGAAAUAUUUCAAAUAGAAGCUCAGCAGUUUGACCAUUUAGUUAUUUAAGAACUCAUUGGUGGAUACCUUCUGACAUCUUUCUGAAAUUUACAGAAUAAUCCACUGCAUGUGUACUCAGAAGUAAGACUCUGUUUAGUGGUGUUUUUCCCCAAGUAAGCACACAAAGGAUUGUAGCCUCAAAAGUAUUAAUGUCUUAGUUUUGUAUCAGGAUCUGUGUGUCACAGUUGUUUGAUGAGAGAGAUGAAGGAUUAUGUCAGAAUGAUAGCAGGCACAGAAUAUUUGCUUCUAGUAUCUCCAAAGUAUAUAAAAGGUCAUCAAAGACAAGCAGGAAGAAGACCUAGUACACUUCUCUCAUGUAGAUGGAAUGUUGUAUAAGUGCAGAAAUGCACCUUGGAUUUAAAUGUUGUAUAUGUCUAUAGAAGUACUAUUUACGCAGAUUCAGCUUUACACACUUGUGGGAGGGACUAAAAAAAUCGAAAAGGGAGCAGGGUUUCAGGAAGAAAUACUUUGGCAAUCCCACCUGUCAUUGAACCCAAUGAGUUUUGGCUAUACACGCUUUUGGCUUUACAUGUGACCCCCAGAACAUAGCCCCUGCAUAAGUAGAGGUAGAGGUAUUAUCAUUGUAGAUUGCCUUAAGUAUCUUCAUACUAAACAAUCUGAGUUUAGUCUUUCAGUCAUUCCAAAAGAGAGAAAAUUCAUCUGAGUCCUUCAAAAUUUUCAAUUUUUACUCUUGAUAAAACAGGAAAAAUAGUAUGCAGGGAGGAGCUGGUUCACCCCAAAUUUAGGAUGAGUGAGGAUUAGUAAAAUCCAUGUGAAUGGUUUACAUUUACCUUAUUUUAGUCACGUUUUGUAGAAAAUGGUUUUCUCCCAAAGUGUCUCACCUCAGUUAAAAAGAAAAUAAGAAAAAAAAGCAAGAGAAUGGCUUUAGGAGAAAGGGGACAAGGGGAGGUGAAAGAUCAGUACCUCUGGUCAGUUGAACAAAGUACCGGUCUCUAAGCAUGUCUUUACAUCCGGUUUGGGCUUGGUUGAUCUUCACUUGCUGGCAUUCUUUCUUGAAUAGCAGUUGGUGGGUCUUGUUCUUUGGAUAGGUCUGGAAUGUCCCUUUGCCUUGCUUCUGCAAUCGUAGGGGAACUGGAAUUUAGAACAGAAUGUUCUUUCUGUCAUGGAGGGGAAUAUUGCAUUAUUUUGCAGGCCUCAAUUUUAAUAGAAAGAAAAAUGCUAAAAUAUAGUUGAAAAUUGCUUGUUAGUGAGCACACUUUAAAUUCUCUUCAGCUUUAUUAUAAGGGACAAAAAAGCAAAGUAGGCAUUUAUGAGUGAAUUUUGGCAGUAUUUCACAUAGCCACAGCAAAAGAAAUGAGAAAACAUGUUAUUUGGUCAAGCUUACUCAGCUUUUGGUGUGGCAUUGUUAGCAAAGUCAAUGAAUCUUUGUAGAAGACAAUAUUAAGUUGUGAAAUGUAUUGUUCUAAAGGGGCACAAGGAGCUAAAACAAAUUAUACAAUCAUAAUAUAAUACCCUGUAAUCAUAAUAUCAAACAAUCAUAUCAUAUAAUAAUAUACAAUCAUGAUAUCAUACUAUCGUAAUAGCAAAAUCAUAUAGUCAUAAUAUCAUAUGGUCACACAACUAUACAAUCAAUAUAACAAUAUCAUACCAUCACAAUGUCACACUAUCAUAUUGUACAAUCAUCAAAUCAUAUCAUAUGAUCAUUAAUGAAGGAAAUUAACCUAUAUCCAGCUCCUCCAACACAUGUUGCUGUUGACCAGUGUAAAAAGGGAGAGGCUUAAUUUCCCUCUCCUUCUUGAAAUUCAUUUUGCAUUGGCCAGCCAGGGUGGGGUAUGUGGGCUGGGGAGGUGAGGGCUAUGAUAUUUGGUGAUGGCAUUGUUAUGAUAUUGUGAUUGGGAAAUAUUAUGAUUAUGUGAUAUUGAUCUGAUUGUGUGGUUGUAUUGUGUUGUAUGUUUAUGAUUAUGUACUUGUGAUAUUAUAAUUGUAUUGCAUUGUAUUGUAUUGCAAUGUUAUUAUAAUUAUGAAUGAUUCUAUGAUUGAAUGAGAUGGCUGAUUGAUUUAAUAAUAUGAUUGUAUGAUAUUAUGUUUGAAUGCUCUUAUGAUGUGAACUUAUAAACGGGCAUUUGCUGCACCUCAUAGCAGCUGGCAAGAAUAUGUUUGCUAAGAGUCUUGUGAAUCUGGUCAGGAGAGCUUUAAACUAAAUCCUGAGGGGGAGUGAGACAGUAUUACAGAUGACAGUUAAACAUGCAUGCACAUACACAAACAAACACACUCCCCUUACUUUUUCUUGGCUGGAUUUGCCUUUGUACCAUUGGAUUAACUUGCAGACUGUGCUUCUGGACACUGGCGGAAGCCAUGUAAAGAUUUAAAAAAUGGUCUGAAAAAGCUUUACAGAAAACUGGACAUGAUCGAUUCUUGUAACCUGUUCUUUCCUUGAAACUUCAAUCACAGCAGCUGGAAGCAAACUGAUUUUAAACCAAGCAGCAGCUUUGUUAAUAUGAGCUGCUACUGGCAUGUUUCUACAUGGCUUUAAAAAUACAGCUAUAAUUCCUUAUGUUAGAUAAAAAUGAGACUUUUCAGUAAUAGUUUUGCCAUUGAUGAACAUUUUCAUGUUAUAUUGUACGGCAAGAAUUUGGCAAGAGGUUUGUACAUGUAGAUCCCACUUACAGUUCCCAGGGAAUCAUAUGUUGGGUGAGCAUUCACACAACGAGCUAAUGUUUUCCAUUUUUUUCCUAUGAGAACAUUUAUAAUCCAUGAUCUUUUUCUGCCCCGUCCCACCAUGGUUUCUUCCUAAAAUGGCUGCAACCAACCAGCAAAAGAAUUACAAAGGAAAAAUUGAUUUGUCCAACUUCUCCUGCUCUCUGAUUUGUCUGAUCUCACUCUCCCCUCCCUCUGUCCAUGAUUUCUGCCCCAAAAUGGCUGCCGCUGAUGAGCAAAGCACAAACAAAUAAGUAAAUGAGCAAACUCUGGCUGUUGGGAUUUCUGAGUCAGCUGUGUAAUAACAAGAUUUGGGUAUAACUCCUUGUGUUCAGAUAAGUGAAUUUGCGGGUAACAAGUGGGCAGAUAGUGGGACCUGCGUGUAUAUAGAAUUGCUUGUUAGGAGGCCAACUUAUUUAAUAAACUGUGCUGUCCUUGUAUUCACUGUUGAGCAGCACUGAAAGCAUACCUGAAAAUAAAUGUUAUAUUGUAUGUACAGAUUAUGUUCAGUCUUCCAGCAUAGUGCUUUUUUUUUAGAUCCACUUAAAAAAAAAAAAACUUAUUUAAUUUUGUUUGAAGUAUAAUAAGCCAAGGGUGACUUAUUAAUAUUCACAUGAGUCACUGAAGCUCAUAUAUUGGUGGAACAGUAUGGCAACCACUUUGUUUGUAUCUUCCAUCAUUUUGCCUUUAGGCUAAUAAUUUCAUAUUAAUUACCCCUGAGCACAUGAAGCCAUUAUAGUACAGGAAAUAACACAGUAAAAGAAUACCGUGUUAUCAUGCAGUUUGCAAAUGUUUCAGUCAUUUUUCUGUUUAAUUUGAGAGUUCCUUGAUCAGCUGUUUUGCAUCCCAUUUUUUUAUGUCCUAUGGGCUAUAGGAUACUAUAUGCACUCCUAAAAAAUACGCAGUUCAAGCUUGUAAUGUUUUGCAACCCCUAUGGCACAAAGUUUCUUUAUGUGAACUAUUUUAUAAUACUAUUUUAGACUUCGGCCUUAGCAAAGAAUCUGUGGAUCAAGAAAAGAAAGCCUAUUCUUUCUGUGGUACUGUAGAGUACAUGGCUCCUGAAGUUGUAAACAGACGAGGCCACAACCAGAGUGCUGACUGGUGGUCAUUUGGUGUUCUUAUGGUACUGUAUAUUUCAUUACCUAAUUUUACAUGACAAUCAGAUGUGCUGCAUGUUGUUGCCAUUGUCCACAUGUUUAAAAUCUGAGAAAGUUUUUGUUUUAAAAUAUACUUAACUUCUGUGUGAAAUUUGUAGUUAUUUUCUGUGUUGAAUAACUGAAGUAUGGCAACUGAAAACAUUUCACCACACAAUAUUUUGACAAUGAAAACCUUAAUACAUUUUAGCAUAACCAUUUGAUUGAAGAAUCUUAUAUUCCUUUGUGCUUUUUUAUUGUGGCAAUGAACUACUACAACAAACUCAUGGACUGAAUUUUAGCCAAGGGCAUUUUGUUUGUUGUUGUCUGUAUGUGCUAUGGCUGAACAAACUAUCAAUUACCAAUAGUAUUGCUGCAUUUUAACUAAUGGCCCUCCAAACUUCAUGGGGCAAUAUAUCAUAAAUUCCAUGUCUAGUUAUUUUAUUAUUUUCUUGCUGCUUUCCUACCCCCAGUUCAAAAUUCCUCCAAAUUAAAAUUAGAUUUUCUAAAAGUUUGAUCUGGGCUUGUUUCUUUCCCAGUUUGAAAUGCUUACUGGUACACUACCAUUUCAAGGUAAAGAUCGAAAUGAAACUAUGAAUAUGAUACUCAAGUAAGUAUUUUUCUGUUCUCUAUCUCAAAAUAUUUCUAUUUCUAAGUAUUUCCAACUUAGAAAGUAUAAUACAAAUUAUAUUUGACUAAUACCAUAUAACAAUCUUUAACUUGAAUGAAAGAAAAUAUAGAGUAAAAAUACAGUUUUCUUUAUGACCUAAAUGAUUAGAAAAUGUAUUCUACAAAUGAACAAAUUACAUUUUGGAGAUGGCAUUUUCUUUAAAUUUUAAUGUCUUCUAUGCUUUAGAGCAGGGGUUGUCAACCUGGUCCCUACGGCCCACUAGGUGGCGUUUCAGGAUUCUAGGUGGGCGGUAGGGGGUUCUACGGCACAAACUGAAUCCACCUUCCAUCGAGCACGGGUGGGUGGGAAGAAAAUUUUACCAUCAAGAAAGAUGCAUUAGUGGGCAGUAGGUAUAAAAAGGUUGACUACCCCUGCUUAAGAGGGUCUUUGCUUAUUAAACUUACAGUCAAACGGUUUAAUCUUUAGAAUUGGGUUAGUUUGGGGCUUGCCAGCAGCAGAGACACAAUGUUGCAAACCCUAGCUUUUGGUUAGUGUUGCAAGAAACUUGCUCUGGCGAUGCUGGCAGGUUUUUGUGCAAAGGUUAAGAGCACUGUGUUCAUCCCCCCCCUUUUUUUUAAAAAGCUUCUGUAUAGUAUCAGGUAUAUUUCUUGGAAAAGUGAUGAACACUUUUACUUGCCAGAUUGUAUACUAGAUUCUUGCCCCUCUCCAGCCACAGUGAGUGCUUUUGGGACUUGAUUCUACAUAGGGAAUGAGCAUCUGUUCUGGUGACUUGCUCAGUGAGUUUGGACUAUGGAAUGGGGAGAAAAGCUUUGCAAAGAACUCUGAUUAAAUAGUCAGCUCAUGAAAGCAUAAUGGAGUAUUGUAUUCCCAGAAAAUUGUUUGUUUAUCUGGAAUAGAUGAACAAGAAUAUGCAAUUCUGUGUAAGAUGCAAUAUAGAAAGUGGAUGACAUGAAUAGUUAUACCCCUUUUAAAUGUGCUCUUUUAGGGUAAUUGAAUUGAACUGCAUACUUCCUUGUUGCAUUGAAGUGUAUUGCACAGAUCAUACUCUAUGUUUUAUUUAAUUAGUGAGUAUACUUUGAAUAUGAAUUCUCUCUUUUUCUAGAGCAAAACUAGGCAUGCCACAGUUUCUUAGUACUGAAGCUCAAAGUCUUCUCCGGAUGUUGUUUAAAAGGAAUCCUUCAAAUAGGUUAGGUAAGUUUGUAUCGCCUAGAUUAGUGUUGGUGAACCUAUGGCAUGCAUGCCAGAGGGGUCACUCAGAGCCCUCUCUGUGGGCACGCGCGCUGUCGCCCCAGCACAGAGCUGGCAGAAGGAAAGGGCAGCGUGUCGAGUCCUCAGCUCAACUUGUGUCCGAGUACAAGCGCCUCAGAUGGGGCAUUGGGGUGUGUGUAUGCGCGCGCAAAACGUAGCCACAAUCUCCAGGGAGCACAUUUUCCCUUGGGGAACCUCUGCUGUGGGUGGGGAGGGCACAGCGCAAUGCACAUGCUCAAAAGUGCGCUGCUGCGUUGGUGGGCCACGAAGAGUUCCAAGCAGCCACCUUCCUCCUGAUGCUGCGAGGUUGAGGCUUCACACACCCUCCGGCCAGGGCCAAUGGGAACGGAGUCAGAAGUGGAGUAGAGGCUUCACGCUCCCCAGCUGAGCUGCCCAAUCCCACUCCUACUUGCGAGCAAGCAGGAGCAGGAUCGGGCAGCUCAGCUGGGGAGCGUGAAGCCUCCACCCCACUCCACUUCUGAGAGAUCCCUACCUCCACUCCUGCUUGCAAGCAAAUAGAAGUGGGAUUGGGCAGUUCAGCUGAGGAGCACCUGGCUGCCUUCAGGUGGUACAGGGGCUCUCAGAUGCAGCUUCUGGGCUGCCUCCACCUCCCCCAACCUCAGCAACUAUUCAGCCUGGCUGCCUCCAUGGGGUUGCAGGGGAUCUGAUGCGGAGCUGGGGGAUCCUUUAAACUUCUCCCUUGAGGGGAGUGCAGCUGCAAACCUCUCAAUGGAAAGUGUGAUGGAGCCUGCACCUCCCCAGCUGAGCAGCCCCAAUCCAGCUCCUGUUCCCGUGCAAGCAGCAACGCUGCCUAGCAAAGCAGUCCGAUUGCACUCCUACUUGCCUGCAAGCUGGAGCAGGCUGGGGGGUGUGGGUGGCGAUGAUAUCCCUUGCCUGCUCGCUUGCCGCCCCAGCCGAGCCUUCCCUCACUCAGUGCCUCCAGAGCUGGAGGAGGGGGUGGUUGCUGUUGUGGCUGCGGCGGCAGAGGGACCCAGCGCUAGAGGACGGCAGGUGCCUGCUCACUUGCCACCCAGCCUGCCUUCCCUCACUCUGAAAAUGGAAGUGUGGCACUCAAAAUAGAAGUUAUACUCAGAACAGAGCACGUUCCACUUGCGAAAAGAGUUUGAAAACCAGAACACUUAAUUUCCGGGUUUGAAGUGUUUGGGUUCCAAGCAGUUCGAGAACUAAGCUGUUCGAAAACUGAGGUACCACUGUAUUGCUCCAUUCUCUCGCCACGUGGAUGCACCAACCUCCCCUUCUAAACUAAAACCUCAGUAUUCAGGUUAAAUUGCCGCGUUGGUACUCUGUGAUAAAUAAGUGGGUUUUGGGUUGCAGUUUGGGCACUCAGUCUCUAAAUGAUUCACCAUCACUGGCCUAUAUUGUAAGCAACUAAGGCUUGCUUAUUUAGUUGUUUAUCAAAGAUUCAUUCUGUUGAAUCUUAGCAAAACCACAGAAGGAUAUGUCUUAAAGAUGCUUUCGAACCAAGCAUUUCCUUGAGUGUUAAAUAUUAAGUUCCUAUUCAGUUGUCUCAGUAGCUUUGCAUUUAUGGUCUGUCCUGGUUUAUGCAAAGGUUAUACUAUUUCCCCUGGAAAAUAGAUUUGGAAAAAGGAGGAAAUAAGAAAAUUGGGUUCAAGUUGUUGUAAUGAACUGUUUGAGUGGAAAACUUCAGUAGCAUUGCUGGUCUUUCAGUGGAGUCAAUGGUGUGUCCUCUGCAUUUCUUCUUGUUCUUUCUUUGCUGCAGCCUGAUGUAAUGACUGCUGCCAGAUGACAGGACAGAUGGUGGCCUCACAUCCCUUCUUUUCUGUCUUCUGAUACAGCCUGACUAUAAUUUCUGCUUGUGUUCAAGUUAUAAUGAAUCAUACUCUGCUUCAUCAAAAUGAGCCGUCAUUCAAAAUAAUGUAGUUUGGGUGGCGAACCUGUGGCCCCGGAGAUGUUGCUGAACUAAAAUGCCUCAUCUUUGACCACUGAACUUGCAGGCUCUGGCUGAAGGGAGUUGGUCUGCAAUAACUUACAGAGGGAUAGAGGUUCCUCACCUUGAUGUAGUUUAUGCAGCUCCUUUGGGGUGUAUUCUGUUGUGAACUUGUUGUAUAAUGCACUAAUAAAAUACUGUGUUCCCAAAGAUAAAAUUAUAGUAGUCGGCUAAUAACUGUGACAGGGGCUUGUUUGUUUUGGGUAGUGAUGUAUGUGUGGGUACAGUACCUGAUAUAAACAAUCUUGUUUCUUUUUUCAUUUUCAUGGUACACCUGAAGGUGAAAAAACUGCAUGUGAUCAAUCCUGGAAUUUUUAUUUCACUUCAAAUGCUAUAAGUAGAUGCGUUCCAUAUCCUCAGACUUUCUCUUAAAUCUGGUUACUAAAUAUAGGCUGGGAUUCAAAGAGUGCCCAAGGUUUGAGGCAUGUCAACUAAGAGACAACAGUCUGCUAUUCAAAACUAUCACUCAAAACCCUUAGUUUUGAAACGAUAUUCCAAUAUAUUUUAGGUAAGGUAGAGAGGUGCUAUUUGAGAAACUAAAAGUCAAAGCCUCUUUGGAUGCCCCACAAUAUUUUUCUUUACGCUGUUUGAUUUAGUACCUUUCAUUUCCUGCAAUGACAGGAGCUGGUCCUGAUGGGGUUGAAGAAAUCAAGAGACAUCCUUUCUUUUCAACCAUUGAUUGGAAUGUGAGUACAUAAAAGAAGGCUGAAAUCUAACACUCCAUUUUUGUAAUGUUGCCUUUCAAAAAAUAAAUAUAUGUGGGAUAUAUCAAAUUGUUCAAGCAGCCAAACAUUGUGUACUUCUAGCAUCUAUUUAGAAAACCUAUUUUCUAAAAAGAAAAGAAGAAAAAAACCAUUAAGGGAGACUGAGAUGAAAUCACAUAUGAACCAACCCAGACCCUACAGUCAUCAUCUGAGGCCCUUCUUCAUGUAUCUCCUCCAGGAAAGUGAGUGUUUUCUGUGGGAACUCCCCAGUUGUGGAAUGCUUGAGGAGCCUUUCUUCUGUAUCUUUAGGCACCAGGCAAAAACACUCCUCUUCUCACAGGCCUUUGGCUGAUUAAACAAUCUAUGGCCUUUUAAACUGGACAGAGACCCAUUUAGUCCCUGUUAAUGGGAUAUCCUUAGAUCACACCUGAUUGAGGUAGAGGUGAUGCACCACUUCAUCUCAACUCAAUGCCUUUUUGCUAUGAGGAAGCCAAAGCCUCCAGUAGGGCCCAAUCUGUUUGCAGGAAAAUUCCUUCCUGGCUCCAGAUACAGCAAUUAUUAAACCAUAGUGGUCCUGAACUCAGGCACAACCAGUCUAAAUAUUCAGGUGUCAGACCAGAGUGAAGACAUCCACUCUGGUCACUGCCCAAUCCCAGCCUCCAGCAUGCCCUUGAUUUGGCAAUUUGGAGGAUGACGUGCUCUCCUGUGGAUCCCCAAACAAUCAGCCACUAUGAGGUGGUGUCUUGUCCCAUGGGGAGUAGAGGGGCAGCUGCGACACACCACAACUGCCACCCACCCUGGCACCAGGUAAGCGGCCAUUUCCAACCUUCAGUCCUAAAUGUCUAAAAUUUGUUCAUUUUCCCGUUUCAUGCUCUAAUUUUUAUGUAAUUGUUAUUAUUAAUAAAAGACAGCAAUGGCUUUUCUUUGAUCCAACAUAUCAACUUUGCCCCAAUAAGUUCAACAAUCAUGCCUCCAUAUUUAACAAUAACAAUAAAAAUUCUGUCAUUGUCCACAUAAGUCUCUCUGCUGUUAUAUUGAGAUAUUAUCCAUAGUUCUUUUUUUGUUAUGUAACCAUUAAUUCAUACCCAGUUCAGUGUCUUCAGUUCCAAUUUCCUGUUGGGUUUGAUGUGGUUUUGCAUCCUUAUCUAAAAAACAUUUCCAAGAAAAGGGCCAGAGGUUUGAUAUCUUUUUCUUCUGAGUUCACUCAAAAUUGUACACUGAGAGAGCAUUUCUUUCUCAGCUCUGUUGAUUACAGAUCCCAUCUCUCUCCAUCCAUGACUUCACUCCAUUCCUGCAGAAUCGAACUCCACCAUUUGGCUGUUUCUUUCCUCCAAACACCCUUGUGAAGGGCUUUUCUAUUUCACUAUCUGUUCCCUCCAACUCUACCAUUUCACCCUCUGGUUCUGCCAAUCCUUUACCCAUAUUCUUCUCCAAAGUCUCUGUAUCAUCUUUGAUUCCACUUUUCAUUUCAUUUGUCUCUGGCUUGCUUUCAUUUACCAUUAGAUCAACCUUUGAUCUAAUAAAUUUUAUUUGCUUACCAAACAUGUGCUGAUGGAUGCCAACAGUCAGUGGAAUGUCCAAAAUAUACUUGCCGUACUGAAUAUUUUUGAUCUUAUUAACAAUUCAGUAUCAUUACAUUUCCUGUCUCCAUCUUAAGAUCUUCAUAGCCUUAUAUCUUAUUAGAAUAAAACCAUUCUCUGUGGAAGUCCUUUUUCCAAAUUUACAGGAAGAGAAGAGGAAGUGAGAGUAGAAAACCAAUGUUUCACUGGGGCUCACUACAACUCAUGCAUGUACUGUUAAGCCAUGGCUUAGCGUUAAUGUGCAACUUCAGCCAUUAUGUGCAAGAAGUGAGUCGGGAGAAAGAUAUUUUUCUUGUCUUUUCCCCCCACUCAAGCAUGCAGAGAAUUGUUUUUUGUAGCCUUUUGGAAGUUCUUCAGAUUCACACUCUUUACAACUUAAAGAGAAGUACCUACUUUACAUUUUGAUGCUUCAAUUUUGCAUGUGAUGUGUUUGCGUUCCUGAGGAAAUAAUAUAUUGCAAUUCCAUUUUCAGAAACUAUACAGGAGAGAGAUUCUGCCUCCAUUUAAACCUGCUUCCGGGAGGCCAGAAGACACAUUUUGUUUUGAUCCAGAAUUCACAGCAAAAACACCAAAAGGUAAUACGGUAAAACAAACAAACAAAAAACAAUAUAAACUCUUUUCUCUACCAUGCCCAUUUACAGUGUAAAUUUCACUUAAAAUCCAAGCAGUGUUGGAACGGAUCUAAUCUGCUUAAAAACAAUAAAAUAAAAUAUGCUUUUUGAUCUCUUUGGAAAUUAAAUCGUCAAGUUAAUUGUUUCAAAAACAAAUCUCAGAAAGAAGACGAAGUAGCUCUUUAUUCCUUCUGCCUUUGUCAGUUUCUUCCUCUUAUAGAUCCGUUAAAUUCUUAUAAAUGAGCUUACUAUUUAUACUUGUCUUUAUUUUUCAAAAAGUGAAAUAAAAAUCCAUAACUGCAGUGGAAAAAAUGUAUUAUGGGCUGUCUAACGUAUUGUAAAUUUAAUCAUUAGAUUCUCCAGGAGUUCCACCUAGUGCUAAUGCACACCAGCUCUUCAAAGGCUUUAGCUUUGUCGCAACUACGGCCAUAGAAGACCACAAAAUCUCCCCUCUCAACAACAUAUUGCCAAUAGUACAGGUAAAAGGUUUCGUUUUCUCACCCUCGGUCCCGUAUACACAUAUAACUAUUGAAAUAGCUACUUCCAGUGGUGAUAAGAUUUGCAGUAAUUGCUUAUUAAGCAAAUAUUGCUUAUACAAGAUGCAUAUUUUCUGAAUAUUAAUCCUCCAGCACAGCCGUGGAAGACCUCUGUCUCACAGAUCUAAUUGGCCCGCGAGGCAGUUUUAUCCAAGCCACACCCAUCUGUAUUGCACCGAACAUCAUAUGUAGCAUCGUAUGAGAUGUCAUAUGCAUAGCUGUCGUUUCCCUUUUUUUAAGGGAAAUUCCCUUAUUCUGAAUAGGAUUCCUCGCAAGAAAAGGGAAAAGUUGACAGCUAUGGAUAUGUAACAUCAGAUGUGGGGCAGGCAAAUACAGGGCUGGAAUACAUGACUGGAAUCAGCUGCACUGGGAACUUGCUAGUAAGCUGGUAGGGCUUUUCUCUGAGCCAAUCAGCUAAUGUGUGCUGAAAUCUAGUGCCUUUUGAAGUUGUGCUGAGUGCAAGCUUUUAAAAGAACUUCUUCUCAAUUUUAUCAGCCGAUGGGUGCUGAAAGGGAACUCCUCUGAGGUCCAUUUACAAGCAUAGUAGGAAUUCAAAUUCUGCCUGAAAACAGUGUUUUUGCCUCUGCCAAUCUGCAGAGCAAAAACAUCAUUUUUUUUAUGUGAAGAGCAGCAGAGGAAAAACGUCCACCUGCUGGCAUGGUUUGAAUCCAUACCAAACUUGCAAACAGACUUUAAAGGUGUUUCCUAAUUUAGCACUGAGAGAGAACUCACUUGAAGUCAUCAUCUGAUGUCAGGUGAUUGACAAGUGGGCAGCUCCACCCGUCUUCCAAAGUUGGCCCACAGGGAAGGUGGAGGGAUUUUAGAAUCCAGCCUGCCAACUGGAUCUGGUUGCCCACCCUUAUUGUAGCAGGUUCACAAAUAAACAUAGAGGAUGAAACUUGUCUCAAAAUUCUAGCUAGUACACUCCAUGGACUCACAGCUGUCCAUGGAGGCGCAGGUCAAUUCUGUAUCCAGGGCAGCUGUCUACCAACUCCACCUGGUACGCAGGCUGAGACCCUACCUGCCCGCGGACUGUCUCGCCAGAGUGGUGCAUGCUCUAGUUAUCUCCCGCUUGGACUACUGCAAUGCGCUCUACGUGGGGCUACCUUUGAAGGUGACCCGGAAACUACAAUUAAUCCGGAAUGCAGCAGCUAGACUGGUGACUGGGGGCGGCCGCCGAGACCACAUAACACCGGUCUUGAAAGACCUACAUUGGCUCCCAGUACGUUUCCGAGCACAAUUCAAAGUGUUGGUGUUGACCUUUAAAGCCCUAAACAGCCUCGGCCCAGUAUACCUGAAGGAGCGUCUCCACCCCCAUCGUUCUGCCCGGACGCUGAGGUCCAGCGCCGAGGGCCUUCUGGCGGUUCCCUCAUUGCGAGAAGCAAAGCUACAGGGAACCAGGCAGAGGGCCUUCUUGGUAGUGGCGCCCGCCCUGUGGAACACCCUCCCAUCAGAUGUCAAAGCGAUAAAUAACUAUCUGACAUUUAGAAGGCAUCUUAAGGCAGCCCUGUUCAGGGAAGCUUUUAAUCUGUGAUAUUUUACUGUAUUUUUUGUUUCUAUGGAAGCCGCCCAGAGUGGCUGGGGAACAAAUAAUAAAUUAUUAUUAUUAUUAUUAUUAUUUUCCCAGCUGAGGAUUGUUUUUUCUGGAGGUUCAGGGGGCGGGGAGCAUGUCUUAUGUAGGAUAUCUUAUUCACAUCUUACAUAAGGCAAUUAACAUUUAGGUGCAGAUCAUCAGGCUUCCAAUGCCCAAUCCAAUCCAAAUAUCUUUAUUGUACUAGCUACUGGCCAUGACAAAUCUGAAUCAAAAAUAAAUAUAAACAAAAGGGGUGUCACACCACAAAUAAUGGUCUCUAUUUAGAUCUCUGCAUCUCCCUUACAGUUCAUGGCUAUAUUUUCUUGUCCUUGGGGUCCUACUUGAGGCAGACAAAACUAUCAGUAGUUAAGUUAGGUCAAUAAAUUGUGAUCUUGUUUUGCAGCUCUGUGCCCUUAUGGUUCUCAUUGAUGCCCUACUGUACCACUCUGGGCGCACUGCAGAAGCAUCUAAUAAAAGUAUAUUUGCCAUAUGUUUGGGAACUGAAUCGUUUACUGAAGUUUAUGAAAUGAUUGUUAAGAAUUGUGUAUAGCUUUAAACAACAGUUUGUUUGCUUUUAGCAACUUCAUGGGAACAGUGCACUAUUCACAGAUGCUUAUGAACUUAAGGAGGACAUUGGUGUUGGCUCAUAUUCAGUGUGUAAGCGCUGCAUCCAUAUGGCUUCAAGCAUGGAGUUUGCUGUGAAGGUAUAUAUGGAGUUCCUUUCUCCAUAGUUGGUACUGGCAAAUCUAUUAAUAGAUCUUAGAUCUCUUUCCUCUAACCAUACUUAACUAUUUCUGCUGAAUACAAAAAUGUACGUUUUUAAAACAGAGACCUUUCACUCUAAUGUUUAUAAAGCAGCCUGUUAUUAAAACAUUAUUCAACUGUAAGCUUUACAAUAAAUACUCAGUAUUCUUGCUUACAUAUAGUUACCUUCAUGUACCCAAGGGAGUAUCCUGCAAUUUAGGAAUAUCUUUGUAAUGUCCUGUUGCAGUUGCUUAGGACACUUAAAUAGAUUUAGUCUCUUUGAUGCCACAGUACUCUUUAUCUUCUAUAAAUAAAUGGUCUAUACAGCCCUUAACGGCUUGUGACCAGUUUCCUUGGAGGAUUGCCUUCCUCCAUAUGUACUUUCUGGACAGCUUCUGUCUGCAGAACUUGCGCUAUUUACAAGUGCUAUAUAAUGUUCCACAGUAGCUAUGUGUCAAUCUUCUAGUGCGGUCACAUCUGUGUUUUGAAACACCUUGCCUAUUGAUGCUAGGCAAGUGGCCUUACUGUAUUGUUUUAGACACCUGCUGAAAAUCUUUUUCUUUCAGCAUGCCAACCCAGACAUAUAAUUUAGUGUUGUACAUUCUGUUUUUAUGCUUUGCUGAUCUCAUCUGUGCUUAUUAAUACUAAAAUAACAAUGUACACUGCUUAGAUUUUUAUGAUUAAGCAUUCUAUACAUAUUUCAAAAUAAAGCAGAAGUAAAAUAAAAAUAUUUUUGAAACUGAUAAUCAACAGAGCACUUGGGGAUAAAGCUGAUAAUAAACUGAAACAAGUAAAUAUUUCAGUCAUUAGUGGUCCUCCAGUCAGAAGACCUACAUUGGCGAAAUGGUGAUCAGAUCCUUACUUCUAUUGCUGUCCUUGUUUCUCAGAGCAUCAUAACAUGUAGGCUAAAGAGAAACCUUGAGUGCAUGAGUUGUGAACACCAACUGAUGUGCAGUGGUACCUCGGGUUACAUAAGUUUCAGGUUACAGACGCUUCAGGUUACAGACUCCGCUAACGCAGAAAUAGUGCUUCAGGUUAAGAACUUUGCUUCAGGAUGAGAACAGAAAUCGUGCUCUGGUGGCGCGGCGGCAGCGGGAGGCCCCAUUAGCUAAAGUGGUGCUUCAGGUUAAGUACAGUUUCAGGUUAAGAACUGACCUCCGGAAUGAAUUAAGUACUUAACCCGAGGUACCACUGUAUUCGGUUGAUGGUCAAUAGUAGAUAAGGUGGUAGUGUGCAGUGCUACACGCCUCCCCAUGCUUAUAAUUCCUAAGAGGCUAGAAAGUGAACAUAUCACCCUCUUCUUUUAAGAAAUGACAAGACAUGAAUAAUCUCUUCCUAUCCUCUUUGAUUGAAUUUUGGUAUACAGUGGUACCUCAGGUUAAAAACUUAAUUCGUUCUGGAGGUCCGUUCUUAUCCUGAAACUGUUCUUAACCUGAGGUACCACUUUAGCAAAUGGGGCCUCCCACUGCUGCCGCACCGCCACCGCACGAUUUUUUUCUCAUCCUGAAGUAAAAUUCUUAACCCGAGGUACUAUUUCUGGGUUAGCGGAGUUUGUAACCUGAAGCGUCUAUAGCCCGAGGUACCACUGUAAAUAGCAGAAGUUGUCACUGUGUCCUUCCCAUUUAACACAAUUGCUCUGUCAAUAAAAAAUAACUUCCUUCAAGGCAUUUCAAAGAAAAGGCCUUUAUAGAUUCUUUAUAGGCUUUUAUAAAAAAGGCCUAGGACCCUCGUACCUACGGGACCGCCUCUCCUGGUAUGCCCCACAGAGAAACUUACGGUCUUCAAAUAAAAACAUCUUGAAGGUCCCAGGCCACAGAGAAAUUAGGCUGGCCUCAACUAGAGCCAGGGCUUUUUCGGCCAUGGCUCUGAUCUGGUGGAACACUCUGUCACAAGAGACCAGGGCCCUGCAGGACUUGACAUCUUUCCGCAGGGCCUGCAAGACAGAGCUGUUCCACCAGGCCUUUGGCCAGGGCACAGCCUGACUCCCUCCCUCGGCAAUCUUCGCGGAGCUCUGGCCCAAUGGUUGCCAGUGGCUUGAAUUAAUUAAUUUUAUAAUGAAUGAUUUUAGAGUGUUAUUUAUGCUGUACUUUUGUACUGUUUUAUUGUUGUUAGCCGCCCUGAGCCCGGCUUCGGCUGGGGAGGGCGGGAUAUAAAUAAAAUUUAUUAUUAUUAUUAUUAUUAGAUUCAUAUGUUCUUGUAUUAAUGGUAGCCCAUUGUCAGAAAAGCAACUAAAAAACCAACUGCGAGGUGCCCUGAUGGGUUUGUUAAUUCUCCAGCAAGUUAAUUACUUUAUCUCCAGAUCCUUUAUUUUAAAACAGGUGAUUCAUCCUCUCACAUUUUUUGAACAUCUUUGAAAGACCUGCUGUCAAAGAUUUAUGCAAUUUUUAAAAAUACUACUUAUCUUUCCUUCUUGGGAUUGAAAGUUGUGUGGGGAAAAGACCUUGCAGAGAAAUUAAAAACAAACCAAUUGAAUAAAAUAUGGGCAUCCAGGCUUUUAAUAUAUGUUUCAGUCGGCAUGGUGCGGGGGGGGGGGGGGACGACUCUCAAGCUAGCUCACAGGUCACCUGUGAAAUUGCUUCACAAUAAAACUGGGGUGGGGAGAUACAGUGUGUGCUGGAGGAAUUGUCAUGGAAGAUUCCCAUAUUGGCACCUCAUAUGUAACCGCCCAGCAGUGAAAACAUUAUGCAACAUAGUCUUUAAAUAAAUAACAUUAUCACUGAACAAAAAAAUUGAGAGGAAUCCUUUCCUCUGUGGUAUUAUGUGGUAUUAUUCUGAAACCCUCUAAAAUUGGGAUUAUUUUAUGCUGGUUGCAGAGCUCUAAAAACUGGAAAGAUGUUACUGAUCUUAGUAGCUGUUACAUGAGCAGAGACUAGUACAGAGAACAUCCAACCUGGAUUCCUUCUCUUUUAGUGUAGCAAGAACUCAUUUUGUCAUAUAAACAAGACGGUCAUUUGUAUUCCAACUCAAUAUCAUUUUAUUUGAAAAAGCAUACUAUUUACAUGGUCUUAACUGGACUGCACUCCUUGAAAUGACCUCUCUUAGAGGUAAAGCACUUGCUCAGAUGUAUGCCUACAAACACUAUGUUUAUUGUGGUUUACAGGUUUUUAAAGUUGUUUACAUUUUAUUGUUACUAUAAAACUGUUUUCAUUUUAAAAAACUAAUGUGUAACUUUUGCAUGCCAUUUAAUAUUUCCAGAUAAUUGACAAAAGUAAAAGAGAUCCCUCUGAAGAAAUCGAGAUUCUGAUGCGCUAUGGACAGCAUCCUAACAUUAUUACUUUAAAAGAUGUAUGUAUUCUUCUUGGUUUCUGAAAAAGCAUACUGUCUGUAAACAUGGAUUUAGUAAAACAUGUCCUUGCUAUUCUUCACUAGAAUAUAGAAAGUUCAACCUCUUUAAUAAUUUUCAGGAAAAUAUUUCACUGUGCCUCAUUAAAAGCCCAUUACCAUAAUUGAAUGUACAGUGGAACCUAGACUUACAUAUGCCUUGUCUCAUGGACGUUCCAAGUUGCGUCUGCGGCAAACCCGGAAGUAAACACCGGGUUUGCCGCAAUUCGCGCAUGUGUGGAUGUGGCUUCUGCCAUCUGCGCAUGUGCAGAAGCGGCCGCCGCCGUCUGCGCACGCACAGAAGCGCACUGCUGCCAAAUGCGCACAUGCACAAGACGCCUCUUCUAGCAUCCCAUUUUGACCAGUGGACGGACCUCCGGGAUGGAUUAUGUCUCUAAGUGGAGGUUCCACUGUAAUGCUAUGCCAUGUGUUCAGUUGUCCAUGUGACUAUUGCUGUAGGGGAGACUGUGCCUUUUUGCUAAACCCCACAGGCAUACAUAGAGGUCUGUGCACCUUCCUGCAUAAGAAAUGAUGUAAUCUCUGUGGGAAUUGGUAGUAUGUUAGCAUUGCCUGGAAUUCAUUUGCACGUGGUUUCAUUUGGUUUAUGGACUCACACAGAUAGUGAAAUGAAACACCAAUGUGGCCUUAGUAAAUGUGCAUUUGAAUCUGCUAGAACUAGGGGUGGAUAAUAUUUUUGGUUCUAGAAGACAGAUUCUUACCAGGCCGCUCAGGGCCUUAUUUGACAGGUGAGCACCUGCCAAUCACCUGGUGUCUUAGAAAAUCUGAUUUUCUAGAUCCAUUUCAGUCGGAAUUGUGGCACAGAAAUUGCUUGGGUCGCCUUGCAUGAUGACAUCUUUCAGGAGAGAGACAGGGGAAAUUUGUCCUUGUUAAUUCUUCUCAGCCUCUUAGUGGCUUUAGAUUAUCAUCGACCAUCAUACCCUUUUGGAGCUGCUGUCGAAAUUACGGCUGGGUAGCACCACUUUGCAGUGGUUUUGGUCCUACUUGGAUGGUCAUUUCCAGAGGAGAUGCUUGGGGAGUGCUCUUCACUCCUCUGGAGCCUGGAAUGUGGGCUUCCUCAGGGUUCAAUCCCCCUCAAUGCUUUUUAACAUCCACAUGAAACUGCUGAGUAGGGUAAUUCAGAAUUUUGGAGUACAUUGUCAGCAAUAUGCUCACUUGGCAAGGCAGUUUGAGCAUAUAACAUCCAUCUUGGACCAACUAAACUGGCUAUCAGUUAGUUUCCAGGCCCAAUUCUAAGUGCUGGUUUUGACCUAUAAAGCCUCAGGACUGCAAUAACUCAAAGACCACUUCUCCACAUAGGAACCAACCCAGACCCUGCAAUCAUCUUCCAGACCCUACUUCCUGUGCUGCCUCUGAAAGAGGUCCGGAGGGCAGCAACAUGAGAAGGGGGCCUUUUGUGCGGUGGCUUCCUGCUUCUGGAGUGCUCUCCCCAGGGAGGCUUUCCUGGUGCCUUCGUUGCAUAUCUUUAGGUGCCAGGCAAAAAUAUUUCUCUGCUCCUAUGCCUUUUCCUAAUUAAACCACCUAUGGCCUUUUAAACAGGGUAUGAGGAGUUCAUUGUUUUUGUGGUUUUUGUAAACCACCUUCUGAUCUUCAGAUGAUGGGUGGUAUAUAAAUUGGAUAAAUAAUAAUAAUGAAAGGUGGACAGAAAUACCCACCUGUCAAAAUCUCUCGUGCAGCUUUGCACGUUCUCUUUCACGUCUCCUUCAAGCCACUGUUGAAGUUUUAAAAGAGAAAUGCACAAAGACUUGCAAAGGUAAACACUCUAGCAUUCUAUCCUAAAGCUACAAAGCACCCUUUGAAGUAGUUACCACCCCCUUUAAAGGAUGGGCUGGUGCUCCAAAGUGUGUUUUAAGACAGGUACUUUAAGACAUGAUCCACUGUCUAUGUGCCUUUCUUUUUCUCUUUCCCAUCAAUAAACUGGGAGGGGAGAAAAAAAGGUGCAUUUUGCAUGCAAAUGCAAUGCAGAUGAGUUCUCUUGCACCCUGCCUUUGCAUGCAAAAUGCUGCCUGAAAGUUUGGCACAUGAUUUGGUAUUUGGAAGCAGAGUAGCCUUGCAAAAGCCUUUACAAGUCUCCCCUUUCCCUUUUAAAUCCUCUAGUCUUGGGCUGAUCUUUUAUCUCUGCUCAUCUGGUGCUGAGUGGAGAUUAAAUCCUGCUGCUUGGGCUGCAUGAUCCUGUUUCCUGCUAGGGAAGGGAUGCCCUUCCUAUACUGGAAUUUGACUUUGUAAUUCAGAUUUUUGGGGUGAUUUUACUCAGAGUAGAUACAUUGAAAUUAAUAAGCAUGACUCUGUUGGGGAUAUGAACUUUAGUAGGUCUAUGCUGAGUUAAACUUAGUUGAAUAUAUUAAAUGACUCUGAUUCACACUUUUCUCAAGUAAUCAGGUGCCUGGGAAUAUUUACAUUACUCAUAUGCAUUUAAUUUCCACAGGUGUAUGAUGAUGGUAAAUAUAUCUACCUUGUCACAGAAUUAAUGAAGGGAGGUGAACUACUGGAUCGUAUACUCAGACAAAAGUAUUUCUCAGAACGGGAAGCAAGUGCUGUUUUGUUUACGAUCACUAAAACAGUUGACUACCUUCAUUGUCAAGGAGUAAGUUAUGUCCAUUUUGAUUAUUGUAUAGUAAUUACAUUCGUAUACAUUCUAAUAUGUUGUUAAUAUUGUGCAGUAACUUUAGGCAGUACUCUACAUAGUAAACAGGACUGUAGGAUAUUGUGUUCAAGAGUUUGAUUAGGUAAGCAAUAAUGUAAAGGUAAAUUUACAAUAGUAAUUUAUUCUGAAAUCUGUAGACAAAAGAAAAAUUUGUAGUUUUUCUUUUUUCACUAGUGACUAAAAUCUGGAUCUGCUUUCAUGAUGGAAAAGCAAGCAUCAGUUCUUAAAAAAUUAAUGAAAGCAUGCUUACUCAAAAAUAAAUUUCAUCAAUCUCAAUAGGGUUUAUUCCUUAUCCCAUGUUCUUAAGAUUGCAGUCUAAAUCAGCAGCCUGGUUAAGUUGCAUUUGUGCUAUGAAUAGUAUCUAAUUAGAUCACCCAUAUUGGGCCCACAUGCGUGUUGUAUUGAUUCUGCAUUCUUUAAAAAAAAUUGAAAAAGCUCCAAAUGAUCAUUUCCUGCUUUUUUCAGUUUUCAGUUUAACAUUUGUGUAUUUUUAAGGUGGUGCAUCGAGACCUUAAACCCAGUAACAUUUUAUAUAUGGAUGACUCAAAUAAUGCUGACUCCAUCAGGAUCUGUGAUUUUGGUUUUGCAAAACAACUUCGGGGGGAGAAUGGGCUUCUCUUAACCCCCUGCUACACUGCCAACUUUGUAGCGCCAGAGGUAUGCUGAAUUUCUUGUAUAUUAUUUGCACAUGCUCUUGUGACAUCUCAAGAAAGUAGUUACAUUAUAUUAUCUAUUUGCCUUGUAUCUUCUAAUUGCAAAAGGUUAAUUGUUUUGUUACUUUUUUAUCAAAUUGUUUACUUAUUACAUUUAUAGAGAGCUGUUCUCAUAGCUCAAGGCAGUUAACAAAGCUUUGCAAAAUAAAUAUGUUAAGAAUACGUUUUGUUCUUUUAACAGUGCUAAAGCAGAUGCAUAGAAACCAAUUUUCAAUAUUAACUGUUGUCAUCUUUAACCAGAACAUAUCUGAAAUCAUAGCUACUGUAACUAGCAUAUUUUUGAGAUUUUCUUUUAAGCUGUUACUUGGGACUUUCAAAUUAUAGUCUUUUCAUGACAGAAAAAUUGAACUGUUUAUUCUUCUCUAUUUCAUUAGGUUCUCAUGAGACAGGGAUAUGAUGCUGCUUGUGAUAUCUGGAGCUUGGGUGUCCUUCUUUAUACAAUGUUGGCUGGGUAAGAAGUGUUUUUCAUUUAAUCAUUGCACUGAAUGUUUUAUUAUUAUUAUUUUAUUACAUUUAUAUCCCACCUUUUCUCCUAGGAGCUCAAGGUGUUGUACUGUCACGGACUGGCUGGAUGCAGGAAGAGUGGUGGGAGUCACAAGCUGGGGGUCCCCCAGGGGAAGAAGGCUCAGAGCCAUGGGAUGGGUGGCGGGACAAUGAUAAGUAGUAGAAGAGGGAGGAGACUGGGAAGAUGAGGUUUCAGAAGCUGAAGAGCUAAUAGGGUUUAGUGAGCAGGAAGAGGCUGUGGCAGAGAGCAGUCCAGAAGCAGAAGCGUAGGCUGGUGAGGAGGGGGACCAAGAGGCAGAGUGGAAACAGGCUGCUGAAGAAGCCAAUAUGUCUCCUCCUGCUGCUGUGACCAGCUCCCCUCCUCCCUGGUCUCUCAGAACAUGAAGAGGGAUGAAUAGGGCAGAGCAAAGAGAGACAAAAUGAAGGAGCUUCAGGUUCCUGGGGAAGGAUCCAAGGGAGGAGGAACCUUUAGAGAGCAGUGGAAGGUGGAGACCUUCAGUCCUCGCAACGGCCUAAUUGGGGCAAGACCUAUUGGGAAGAGUUGCUAUGAUUGCUAGGCCUGCACUGUUUUGUUUCUUUGAAUAAAGAGUUAACUUCACAGACACCUUGUAAGUUUUUGCGGACUUGCUCCCAACUCCCGCCUUGAAACCUACACACUUCUCCCUCUCUCUGUUUUACAAUCACAACAAGCCUGUGAGGUAGGUUAGGUUGAGAGAUAGUGACUGGCCCAAGAUCAUGCAGUGAGUUUUUUCUCUGAGUGGUCUCCCUGGUCCUAGUCCAGCACACUAACCACUGUACCACACUGGUUUGUUUAUGUGGCUGUAGCUGUUUCUCUAUAGUCUAGCACAGGUGAAGUAAGUGCCACCCUACAUGAAAUUUGACACCUCAUAGUCAAUAGGCUUCAGUGAUGUCUGUUAAAAUUAUUGUAUUAUUCUAAUCUUGUUCUUUUGUAUUGGAACCCAGGUAUACUCCUUUUGCCAAUGGUCCCAAUGAUACCCCUGAGGAAAUCCUGUUGCGAAUAGGCAGUGGGAAUUUUUCUUUAAGUGGAGGCAACUGGGACACUGUUUCAGACGCAGCAAAGGUGUAAAUGUAUUUUAUCUUAUAAUUUAUAAAAUACAGGUAACUGUGUGAAACAUCAGAAUAACAUUUUUGGGUAGGAUCAGUAAUUCAAACUAUGACAUCAACAGCAAACUUUUACCUUUAAGGCCUUUCUCUGUAAACAUUUGAAAGGUAAUUUUGUAUUGAAGCAGAACUGAAAGCAUCACUUUGGUCUCUCACUUUUGGCUCCUAAGGUAUUUAUCGGAGGUAGAAAAAGCAACCUGUUUUGUUAUUUACGAAACUUAUGCCCAAGCUGCUGUUGUAGAAUUUGUGUUGCAUGAGCUUUAAUUAUUUAAAAACUCAUUAAAUUUCUAUAUAUAUGAAUAGAUGGUAUGUAAAUUAUAAGCCCAUUUAUUUUGACAUUCAAUUAUCCUGUUUUCCUAUGACAUUUGAUGUCUGAGACUUUUACUGUACCUCAUCUCCGAAAUCAGAAGUUCUUGUUUAGCUUAGAUUUAUAGGUAAGCAGUGGAAUUUUAAAACUGUAUGAAAGGUCACAUUUAAAAGCAUAGGAUGACAUUAAACUAAAUCAAACUUUGAAUAGACCUAUUAAAAUAAAUGGACGUAAGUCAAUUGACAUCAGUGGUUCCACUCAGUGUAUGACUAACAUUUGAUGUCACCCAUAGGAUAGAAUAAAUGCAAACAGUAUCUAUAUUCAUCACAUAUAGCACCUUUGAUCAAUAAUUAUUUAAAAGUCGAUAACAUGUAUAAUUUACUACUUCUGAAACUAUUCUACCGAAUUUACGAAAUGCAAUUGAGACUUUUAAUCGUUCACAUAGAAUGUUCUCUGAAAGAGAUGGAAAUAUUACAUCUGCAGCAUGCCUAAGUGGGUUAUGAGUGUUGGCCAAAAGCAACAUAAAGCAACAUGAGACUGUUUUAUACAAAAUUAAAAUUUAGAACAUGCUCUAUUGCUUUUUUGGAAUUACUGUAUGUUUAAAUCUCUGAGGAAAAUUCAGAGACUCAUGUGGGCUCUGAUGCACACAUGGUGCUCUUUUUCAUUUGGGCUUCUCUCUUUGUAUGAGUGUUAACUGCUUCAAAAGAAAGAUCACUUGAAUGUCAUUAUAUGAUUGAUAAGACCAAAAGGGUCCAAUCUCUCACUGCUUAGAUUUGGUUGUAACAGUUGUAUCUGUCCAAUUUGCUUUAGGAUUUGCUAUCUCAUAUGCUGCAUGUAGAUCCACAUCAGCGAUAUACUGCAGAGCAAGUUCUUAAGCAUUCUUGGAUAGCAUGUAGGGACCAGUUGCCACAUUACCAGCUAAACAGGCAAGAUGCACCUCAUCUAGUAAAGGUAAAACUGGAACUAAUUAAUCUGUUGUUACCUGUGGGAGAUUGGGGUUUUGGUUUUGUUAUUCUUCAUGAGGGUAUCAUGAUCUAUUUUAAUUUCAUUAUCUUUUAGGGUGCCAUGGCUGCCACCUAUUCUGCACUGAAUAACAAGACAUUUCAGCCUGUGUUGGAGCCUGUUGCAGCUUCAAGCUUAGCUCAACGACGGAGCAUGAAAAAGCUAACAUCAACCGACUUAUAGUUCCACCGGGGCACUUAACCAAAGUGGAGCAAGAGAAAAAAUUCAAUAAGUGGCUCUGUAUCUGCCUGGCCUGUGAUUUAAAAGGCAUAUACAAGUUCCUCCUACACUACUUGAAUUCUGUUGAAGAAAGAGAAGAUAUCCACAGGUUCAGUGGGAUUCAUCACACAUUUUGCAGGAAGUGUCAGUGAUUCAUUGAAACAAAGCAUCAGGGUACAUCAUAAUGAUCAUGAAGAGUUUUCUGUACACGGUCCUUUUCAAAGAUCUGUUGCAUUAUGUUAAUACUUUUAAAUACUGUAUAGUUUUUCCCAGUUUAUAAAUAAAUGGUUUAGGGGACCAUCAACACUGCUCAAGUUGUAAAUUUAAAAUUGAAAGAAAAUAGUCAGUGUUUUAGUAUUUUUGCUAUCUGGCCCUAUUGUAAAAUAACGAAACAAAAUCAAACUUAUGUGCUCUAGUUUUGUAAAUUGGUCACUUUACCAAUGGACUCCAUUCACUUAACUCAUUGGUACAGCAAGAUAAGGAUAACUGAAAAGGAUGUGCCAGUGCAAAACUCAUGUACGCUAAAAUGGAAGCCCCAAGUAUGCCUGGUAACAGGCAACUGAAGAAAAUGUACAAAGGGAAUCAGCCAUGAACCUGCACUUCAUCGUAGUGUGAAAGCCAUCGCUAGAACUGUAGGAUUGGUCAGCCUGGGAGUGCUUUUGUGUAAGACUGCUGUGAGGUGUUGGUGGUUAGAAUGAUAAAGCCUACUAUAUUUUUAACAUACAUGUGACAUCUCCAUCCUCGGAGGCUUUGAAGAAAAGGGUGAGUAGGCAUUUUGGGUAUGCUUUAGGUAUAGAAUAAGACAAUUAGGUAUAGAAUAUCUAGGACUGUGAGGUGAUCUAGAUGAGCCCCCCUCCAACAAUAUUAUCAUUCUGUGAUAAGGGAUUAGGUGUGUUCCAUUGUCAGUACUGUAUACAUUUGCAAAACAUGGGCUGUGCCCUUUCAUUUACUGUAGAAGGGCUGAUAAUUGUUUCUGCACUGAGGUUUUAAAUACAAGCCCUCUAGAGCAAGAACCUAUAGAAUUAUCAUUAUUACUCUUGACAGGCAAUUGAAGCUACCUUGAUAGUCCACUGUGUUCUCUUCUUGUUUCCUUCCCUUUCCACCGUUAGAUGUUAUUUCACCAUGAAUUAUAAGAUACUUGUGAUGGGAUUAUGAGCUGCUUGUGCGUAAAAUCGUAUUCCCUCAGAGUUUGUUCAAGUCCACAAACCUCUGUCUGUGACUGAGCCCCUCUGACAUGGC